AUAAGAGGCUGGCCAGCAGGCUCCUUCAAGAACCAGUGAUGAGGUUCAGAUCGUCACAGUGAGUGUGGGUCUUGGGGGGGUGGGGGGGUGGAACCUUGGCUGAAAUUACCUAUCUGACCAGAGGUAACAUCAUGGGCUGCAAAAACAAAAAGGCCAACAAAACCCCACUGGGACGGAACGGAACAUUGAUGAUCUGUUCUGCAUUUCACAGAAAGCCACAUGGGACAACAUGGCAUCCCUAGAAGAAGGAUCAUCCUACUCCUCUGAGGACUUUUCCUUUGAACCAGGAGAGGAGGCCACAUUAAGUAACUUAAAUUAAGGUGAUGCUCUCCGAGCUCCGCACAAAUGUCAAGGGGGACAUGUCCCGCUUCCAGAAAGUGGCUACUAAGAUCACUCAGCUAGAGGCCACACACAGCAAUCAUGACACUCGGAUCACUGCUGUUGAGCAAGGAAUACAGGAACUGCAGCAACAACAGCAGCACUCUGAUACUAGAAUGGAUACCCUGGAAGACCUACAACUUGAAGAUCAGGGGAAUCCCGGAGUAUCUGGGGAUGGAGGACUUACCACAUUUUAUCCAUAGAUUUCUUGCCGCUUUUCUUCGGCCUUAACACGCCAAGGCAGUGAAAUUAGGCAGCAUGUUUAAUCUACCAAAAUCAGCUGGGGCGCCUCCCUCUGCAGCUCCAGACCCUCGGCAGCGGUACGAGGAAAGACCCCGAUUUCAUUUGAGGGAGCCUCGCUGCUGAUCUUCCCCGAUCUCACCAGAAAUAUAUUUUAGUGGCAUCAGUCCCUGAAACCCUUACUGCAAAAGCUAAGAGACUGAGACAUUCCAUACUGGUGGGGUUUGCCACCAGCACUCUUGUAUACCAUCCAGAGUACAAUCCAUGGAGCUGGAACUUACCAGGCAUUGGAGGACUAUAUGAGCAAACUACAGUCGGCAGAGACCAGUGUGACAGGCCUGUCUCACUUAGACCCAGUGAAGAUCCCAGGGUUUGCACCUCGAGCAACACGACCCCCUCAGCCUAUGGGGAUAGCCAAACCAUAGCUACAAGAGUUUCUACAAGCCUAGAGACUUACCCACGUUUUACACCGAUCAGCUUAAUAGCUCUCUUUUUUAUAUAAUUGUUAUUAUUUUUCUCUCUUUUGUUUCUAUUUUCCAUGGUCUCACCUCUUCUUAAUUAAACUUUACUGGAUCUCUAUGACUAACAAGACCAAGUAGCAACAGGGACAUCUUAUAAUUAAAAACCUCGCUCAGGCUCAGACUUGCCUGCUCCUGCGAGCAUAUAGUUUGGUUGGUUCGCAGACAAGUUUCAAUUAAAUUCUUAAAUGCACCUUGUUCUCCCCCCACCCUACACAAACCUUUAGCUACCACACUGUAGAAAUUCUAUUACUUUUACAAAAAACUAAAACUCAUUCCACAUUGUUCUUGGAACACACUCUCUCCUUUUUACACAUACAUAUAACUAAUAUGAUUUGACAUAUAAUAUGACAGUGACUUUUUAUUGUCUAACUCUGUGCCUGUGGCAAAACUAGCCACUUCAUUGUACCAAGAACUGUUCAUUCGUUUAAUUCCAUCUGUAAAGACUAUGUCCAUUCAUUUAAUUGGGCUCCACGAACAGAACAUGGACAUACUGUUCGUGGAGCCGAAAAAAGUACCGAAUGGAGGUCCACACAAGGGAGUCGUGUGUCUCUAAUUAGGAACUGGCAACAUAGGGAAACCACAAACACCUAAUAGUUGAAUGGGUGGUCGCCGUUCGUAUGAACGAACAUGUGGCGAACGCCCAGCAGUGUUUGGUCAUCGAGUGCAUGGAACUAAAAUCGGCUACUCGACCUCGCGAACACCGCUGGACUUCCAUCCCGUUCGUGCAGAUAAUUCCGUUUGUCCAAAUUGAGCGGCGUUCAUCUAAAUUGAAGCACCGACUGUCAGACGAUGUUAUAGAUGUGUAUGUUUGUUUGUUAAUUUGUAUGAACUCCCAAAAGAAGACCGGUCAAAGCCUGCAAUUGCCUGGAACUGUUUUGGAACUCCCUACUGACCGGUCCCUAACUUCACUUGAAUGGCUUUUCUAUUCUAACAAACGGAUCUGAGCGGUAUUUCGACAGAUUGGGCACUCAGAUCCCAGCUAUUCAGUGACGUGUCUUUCAUGGAGUCCGGAUAAAUAUUAUACUAAUUAUGAUAUUUUAACCAAUAUUGUGUAAUUCUCUGUACAGAGAGAUAAUGUAAUUAAAGCUGUGCUCUUACGCAAUUAUCUCUCCAGUACAGAAAAGGAUUAUGGGAAAUGUUACUGUACACUCAGUUUUCCACAAAUUCCACCAGGGGAAAACUCCUGGAAUGUCUUUAAGGAAACCCCUUGCAUGGGGACUUGAAUAAAACCGGCUGUGGUUCAAUAAAGGUUCAGUUGACUCCCAAAACUGUGUUAACGUCCAGUUGUUGGGGAAUGGGAUUGGAAUUACUACGCUACUCUUUAUUUAUUUGCUGACUACGUCUACCAGCGGAGAUAUCGCAGAUUAUACUUCUACGCCGCUACAAUUGUGCCAAAUAGUUUUCUUGAAUAUGAUAUACUCUCAAGUGGAAUGAGAAAAAUAAAGAAUAAAAAAAAAAGAGAGAGAAGGUUCUGGUAAUUAAGACUGAGAGUUCUGGUGAUCAAAAAAGAAGGUUCUGGUAAUUGAGUGAGAAUUCAAGUAAUUAAGUGAGAGGUUUUGAUGAAGGUUCUAUCGAGUUCAUCCCGAUUCUUCUCUCGGAGAUGGAAGUGACACACGGUAUCAUGUCACAGGUAGUCAGAGUGUUCAUUACUGGAAAGUCGUCCCCUCCUCGUGGAUUGUCAGUUAAUCAUUCAUAUUAUAAGUGAUGUGUAAAGUUAACUGGUAACUGUUCUCAAACAAGUCCUUUAAUUAUUUGACAAAAUAUAUCAGACACAGUGUUGUCCCAUUGGCUAGGUCUGUGUUAAGCCCCAGUCCAUGUAUUUUAUAUUUUCACAGAACUGGAAAACACUUCAUUGGAAAGAUCCCAAGGCCGGGGUUGGCGUAGACCGAGGAUGGCACAGGAGUACAGCGUAUCAUGCAAGGUAAGACAAAACAAAAACAAACUAUUUAAUAUCCACACUUUCCAUUUAUUUCCCUAUUAUUGUUAUCUUUCAUUUAUAUCAAUUAAAGCAUGUCAAUUAAAUUUUAUUUUAUCAAUUAUAUCAAUUAGGCAUAUCAAUUAAACUGUGAACAGCUUUACCUCCCCGCACCGAUUCCUCUCCUGCAACUGUCAUCAAAACAACACCGAGCCCACAGUGAAUACUAUCCUAACAACCUACUUUUCUACCUUACACCUACCUUUUGUGUCACUAUAUCCCACUCCCUGUAAACUCAUUGAACAGGGCCCUCAAUCUCUCUGUUACUGUGCAUCCAAUUUGACUGGUUACAAUUAUGUAUCUGUUAGUCCACCCAUUGUACAGUGCUACAGAACUUGUUGGCGCUUUAUAAAUAUUAAUAAUAAUAUUUGGUUAUUAUUCCAUAUUAGUUUUAGAAGACGUGCCAGAAACAUUAUUGUUAUAGAUGCAUAAGACCCUCUCUCCUUCCUUUUUGAAUGUAUGUUCUCUUCUCCAUCUACAAAUGCAGUGCAGACUCUGCAUUAAACAAAAGAUUGAAGGUUUAAAAGUUUCAAUAUAUAAUCAGUGAGAAAAACGAUCGCAUACAAACAAUUCUCUUUUAUUUGCAUUUAUUACAAAGAGAAAGCAGGAGAGGGAUUCUAAACAAUGUACAGACAGCGCAAUAACGCAUAUAUAGCCCAACUCUGCCAUCAUGGCGGGAUAAAAUGACUUUCAACUUUAGGCUAAUCAGUUUGCUGUAUGUAUUUUCUAUUGUUUACAUUGUAUAGAGAUACUGCACAGUGUGUACCAAUAUUAUUAGUUAUUGCUAUUAGUAUUAUGAUUAUAGUAUAUUUUUAUUACUAGCAGUAGUAAUGCUUGUUGUUAUUAUUAUAGUAUUAUCAUUAUUAACACACUGAAGUGGUUAUGGUGCCGGGAUUAACCCAAACACUAAACAGGGACAAUAAUGACAUCAUCAGGCACAGAUAAUUAUGUUAACAGUUGGAAUCUUGUAUUUUACAUUAAAAUAUAUAACUUCGGUAAUUUACAACAGAUUUCCCCUCAUUAGAUUGCAGGGAUCUGAAUGAACACUCUCACGAAUUGCCGCACAGUUCCCUGCAGAAAUAGGCGAACGACACACAGAAAACCAUUUUUAGUGAACCGGGUCUAGAAAGGGAAAACUCACGAACAGCUUUAAUUCACCGAAAGAGCGAGGUUCCCGAACGCUAUAGAAGUCCAGCGGUGUUUGUAAAUCAAGUAGCCGAUUUGAGUUCCAGGCACUCGACGACCAAACACCGCUGAACUCUUAGCGAACAAAGAUGGCCGCCACCACGUGUUCGGUACACGAACAGCGGCCAAACACACAAAGCCAAUUAAGCGCUUGCAACAAUGUUGCAACUGGGUUAAUGAGAGACACACGACCUCACCGGGGUGGUCUCCAAUUUGAUAGUUAGGUACAGUGUUGCACAUUACUCUUCGGGAAACGGCUGCUGUAUCCCCAUAGACGAACAAUAGGGGAUACGGUCAUUUUAAAGUCCCUAACACAGUUCACAGAAAUAAAGUGUUUUACAGUCCCAAGUGGCUAGGUCUGCCACAGAAAAUGUACAAGGUGCCGAGAUAAAUAAGUAGUCAUGAUGUCACAAUGUGUAUGUGUCCUGAAGCAUGGCUUGAAGUCGUCAUUAACCUUCAUUAAGAAAUUAUUUAACCAGACUCAAACACGAUCUUGGCACAGCGAUGGCAUCAAAUUAAUUAUUGAUUCAUUCAUUUCCAGAGAAUCACACAUGAACUUCUUCCAUCUCUGCCAAGUUUGUUCACUCACUGGAAAUGGAACUCUGGCAUAAACAAUCACUGACACAUUUAUAAAGCUUUUUGUUUGUGUGAAUUAAAUGUUAUCACUUUCUCAUGGAAUGAAGAAUGAGGUCAGUUACUCACAGAAAGAGGUAUUAGAUUGGUUACUUACAGUAUGAGAUCAGUUACUCACAGAAUGCAAUCAGUUACUCUCAGUUACUCACAGUAUGAGAUCAAUUACUUACAAAUGAGAUCAGUUACUCUCAGUUACUCACAGAAUGAGAUUAGUCACUCUCAGUUACUCACAGUAUGAGAUCAGUUACUCACAGAAUGAGAUCAGUUACUCUCAGUUACUCACAGUUACUCACAGUAUGAGAUCAGUAACGCACAGAAUGAGAUCAGUUACUCACAGUAAGAGAUCAGUUACUCACAGAAUGAGAUCAGUUACUCUGUUACUCACAGUAUGAGAUCAGUUACUCACAGAAUGAGAUUAGUCACUCUCAGUUACUCACAGUAUGAGAUUAGUUACUCACAGAAUGAGGAAUUAGAUCAGUUACUCACAGUAUGAGAUCAGUUACGCACAGAAUUAGAUCAGUUACUCACAGUAUGAGAUCAGUUACUCACAGAAUUAGAUCAGUUACUCUCAGUUACUCACAGUUACUUACAGUAUGACAUCAGUUACUCACAAAAUGAGAUUAGUUACUCACAGAAUGAGGAAUUAGAUCAGUUACUCACAGAAUGAGAUUAGUCACCCUCAGUUACUCACAUAAUGAGAUCAGUUACUCAUAGAAUGUGAUCAGUUACUCACAGAAUGAGAUCAGUUACUCAUAGAAUAUGAUCAGUUACUCACAGAAUAGGAUCAGUUACUCUCAGUUACACACAGAAUGAGAUCAGUUACUCACAGAAUGAGAUCAGUUAUUCAUAGAAGGAGGAAUUAGAUCAGCUACACACAGAAUGGUCUCUACACUAUAAACCUGUGGCCCCCAAGUACACCCUCACUCUAACAGCCUGGUUACAAAAAUAAUUCUUAUAAAAACAUUACACUCUCGGGACUAGCUGUUUGACAGGAUUUUAAAUGAAUGUCCAUUUUGAUGAAUUUAAGGCCUCUGAAUACACCAUCAACAGGGAAUGAUCAGCUCCUAGAUUAGUGAGUUAUAGCUCUACCCUGAGGUGAGUGCUGAGUCUAAUUCUAGUUCCAUAUACAGAGAGCUGGUUAUAGCUCUAUCCUGAGUGAGUGCUAAUUCUAGGUCAAUGGCCUUCUAUACAAAGAGCUAGUUAUAGCUAAAUCCUGAGUGAGUGCUGAUUAUAGGUCCAUAACCUUCUAUGCAGUGAGCUGGUUAUAGCUGUAUCCUGAGUAGGUACUGAUUCUAGAUCAAUGGCUUUCUAUGCAUAGAGCUGAUUUUAGCUCUAUCCUGAGUAAAUGCUGAUUCUAAGUCAAUGGCGUUCUAUACAGAGAGCUGGUUAUAGCUCUAUGCCGAGUGAGUGCUGAUUCUAGACCCAUAACCUUCUAUACUGGUUCUAUCCUGAGUGAUUGCUGAUUCUAGGUCCAUGGCCUAGUUAUUGCUAGCUAGUUAUUGCUCUAUCCCCUGUGAGUGCUGAUUCUAGGCCCAUAAUCUUCUAUACUGAGAGCUGGUUAUAGCUCUAUCUUGAGUAAAUGCUGAUUCUAGGUCAAUGGCCUUCUAUACAGAGAGCUGUUUAUAGCUCUAUCCUGAAUGAGUGCGGAUUAUAGAUCCAUAGCCUUCAAUAACGAGAGCUGGUUAUUGCUCUAUUCCUCUAAUCCUGAAUGAGUGCUGAUUCUAUAUACAAAGCCUGCUGUAUCUGACAGAUGCUUACAGCUCUAUCCUGAGUCAGUGCUGAUUCUACACCCAAUGCCUACUAUACCAAGACCUGGUUAUAGCUCUGUCAGAUAGCUGUACCUUUCUAAUGUGAGUGUUAACCCAAAGCCUGCUAUACCAAGAACUGAGUGUUCAUUCUGGAUUUGCUAGCUUUUCAUGGUAAAUAGAAAUAUCCCCCUUCCCAUUUUGGAAGAAAUUAUUGUUGUACACUUUACAAUACCAAAACAUAGUUAUGUUUGUACAAAACGCCUCUUCUCUUUGUUUAGAAUUUAUUCUGUUUUAUUGAACAUGUAAGAUAUGUGUUUUCGAUUUAUUUGUUACAUUUUUUUAUUAGUUUGAUGUUUGCCCCAUCUCACAGCUGUCCUCAUCCAGUCUUAUAUUGGCUGAAAUAAAGAUCUGUAAUUAUAUUUUGGGAUAUAGUGUCUGAUAAGUGUGUUUUGUUCUGUAAUUAUUGUAGGAUCUGGAUGUAAGCUUCGUGAGGACAGGUUAUGGAAAAAAUGAGGUAAAAGUUCUCCAAAUUAAGAGGAACGGAAAACAGCAUUUUAUCAAAGAAAUCGAUGCCUCGGUUCAACUUUCCUUAAAGUCCAAGAAGGAUUAUUUGGAGGGAGAUAAUUCUGAUAUUAUCCCCACAGAUACCAUAAAGAAUACAGUUUACGCUCUGGCAAAGCUUAAAGGGGUAAGACUGGUAUAGCGCAAUAUUACUUUACUGUGGAAUGUUUAGCAAUCCUCUGCUCGCAACUCAGUAGAAUGUGUGGUAGGCAACCAUUGGCACUCCUGAUGUUGUGGACUACAUUCCCCUUGAUGCUUUGCCAACAUUAUGGCUGUGAGAGCAUUAUAGUAGGUGUAGUCGAUCACAUCUGGAGUGCCAAAGGUUGCCUACACUUGCAGUAUCAAUCGAGGCAUGGUCCACAGGAUGAAUGGAAGUUGGAUGCCGAGUGAAAGUUCAGAUCGGUCAUAUGUGGUGAAGUUAUGUGGCAAAGAGUGAGUCCUGAUCAUCCCUACACUUAUAGUGUUGUUCCUUCUAUCAGACCGUGUUCCAGCAUGAAUUGUCCCUAACACGUUCUGUGGGUUAUUUUCUAAACCAAGGUUUGUCAGCUGUUAACCAGGAAUUUGCAAGUCUUUCGCUGAGAUAGGUAAAAUAUUUUGCAAGUCAAAAUAACAGCUGACUGGCAAAAACAUGCUAUUUUGACCUAAUUAAUUAUUUGGUUUAUAAUUAACCAUUUCUAUGUACUUAAUAGGGUACAGAAACCAUAGUUUGAAUAGUCCAUAUUUUUGGUACAGGGCAUAUAAUAGGAAAAUGACAAAUUAACAAAUGUUACAUAUAACUGAAAAGGACAUAUUGCAUGAAUCAGCUAUAGUUUGCCCUGAUCUGUCACAGUUUGAAUAUGCUUCCCCGUUUUGCAGUCAAUAUCUAGUUCAUUACAGGUCAAGGUUCGUGACCCUUAGGGGAACUAGCACACUAGUCAGGAACUUGUUUCACCAGUCAGGGUCCAGGAAUCACCACACCUAUCAAGAGCCCAAAACCAUCACACCAAUGAAGGGUCCAGAACCACUAUGCCAAUGAGGAUCAGUAUAUGAGUCAGGGUCCAUAACCAUCACAGCAUCAUAAGCCAGGCUUGCCUCACCAGUUGUAAUGUGAUUAUUUGUCCUGAUCGUGUUUAUUGAUUUCUUUCCUAGAUUAAAACUAUUGAAGAAUUUUCUUUGGAGAUCUGUAAACAUUUUCUUUCAUCGUUUAAUCAUGUUAGCGAAGUACAGGUUAACAUCCAGCAAGCCCCAUGGAGGCGAAUAGAAAAGGUAAACACCCACUUUAUAUUUGACCUCCGUCCAGUUUCACGUUAACGUGCUUGUUAAUGUAGAAUAUAUUUCUGUUUGUCGUAGAAUGGGGAGACACAUGUCCAUGCCUUUAUCUAUUCACCAGAGGGAGUCCAUACAUGUGACGUGGAGCAAAAACGAGAAGGUACAUCAAAUAUCAGAAAAUCUCAUUAUAUGCCAUUAUACCUCAUAUAAUCACUACCAGGAUUAUUUAUUACAUUGAGAACUGCUGGGGAUUCAAAGUACAUUUCAAAUAUGAGGCCAAAAUGUCUGAACUGGAAACAAAUAAAAUCUAUUUUUAUUCUUUUAAAUAUAGUCUCCUCCUUUACUGUGUUAACCUAUACCACUUCAGCUGGAAGGCUAUUCCAUGCAUCCACUACCCUCUCAGUAAAGUAAUACUUCCUGAUAUUAUUUUUUGAACCUUUGUCCCUCUAAUUUAAGACUAUGUCCUCUUGUUGUGGUAGUUUUUCUUCUUUUAAAUAUAGUCUCCUCCUUUACUGUGUUGAUUCCCUUUAUAUAUUUAAAUGUUUCUAUCAUAUCCCCCCCGUCUCGUCUUUCCUCCAAGCUAUACAUGUUAAGAUCCUUUAACCUUUCCUGGUAAGUUUUAUCCUCCAAUCCAUGAACCAGUUUAGUAGCCCUUCUCUGAACUCUCUCUAAGGUAUCAAUAUCCUUCUGAAGAUACGGUCUCCAGUACUGAGUACAAUACUCCAAGUGAGGUCUCACCAGUGUUCUGUACAAUGGCAUGAGCACUUCCCUCUUUCUACUGCUAAUACCUAUACAACCAAGCAUUCUGCUAGCAUUUCCUGCUGCUCUAUUACAUUGUCUGCCUACCUUUACGUCAUCAGAAAUAAUCACCCCUAAAUCCCUUUCCUCAUAUGUUGAGGUUAGGACUCUAUCAAAUAUUCUGUAUUCUGCCCUUGGGUUUUUACGUCCAAGAUGCAUUAUCUUGCACUUAUCCACAUUAAAUGUCAGUUGCCACAAUUCUGACCAUUUUUCUAGUUUAAAUAAUUUGCCAUUUGGCUUAUCCCUCCUGGAACAUCAACCCUGUUACAUAUCUUAGUAUCAUCAGCAAAAAGACAUACCUUACCAUCAAGACCUUCUGCAAUAUCACUAAUAAAAAUAAUAAAGAGAAUGGGUCCAAGCUUCGAAUAUAUUUUAUUGACUACAACCCUCUGUUGCCUGUCACUCAGCCACUGCCUUACCCAUUCAACAAUAUUGGAAUCCAAACUUAAAGAUUGCAGUUUAUUGAUAAGCCUUCCAUGUGCAACAUUGUCAAAAGCCUUACUGAAAUCUAGGUAAGCAAUGUCUACUGCACCACCCUGAUCUGUAAUUUUAGUUAAUGUGAACACAGAUAGGUGUGGUAAUGGUUGGCGCUUCUUUGAUAAUUUAUAUAUGGUGACAAUCCUUUAGCUGCUGAAACACUCUGUGGGUACUCCCAAUACUCCACCAUAAGACAAUAAACACCAGAGAAAAAACAAAUAACUUGAGGUUUGGUUGGUAUUUCUACCUCCCAAGCCUCUAGUUAGAGUGCAGCGCUAUGUAAAUCUAUGUAAAGUGAAUAUAUUGAUUGUGUAUAUAUAACUCACCCCCUUUUGGUCAACUUGUUAGGGGGUGUACAUGUAAAAAAUGAGAAACACAAAGAAUAAUCGUGCAAUAUUAUAUAUACACAGUGUACAAUAGUUUCAGUGAGUUGAAAUUUACUCACAUUCUAUAGAGCCUUUUACAUUUAUAAGGCUCUAAACUUCCAAGUUUCCUUUUCUUUAAGGUAGACAGCUGGACCCCUUUUGCUUAUAUUCUUCUCCCCAAUGUGGACAUAAGAAAAGAGAAGAAACAAAACUCUGGUGUAGUAUUUUCAAGGAAUCUUCUUCCAAUAAUAUAUAUUUAAGAAAAAGAGGGGUGCUCACCUUUUAUAGAGCCUUUUGGUCACUGGCUCUAAGUAUGCAGGCUUUGUGUCAAAAUUGGGGUGACACCUUCUCCUUACCGGAAUAAAGUGCAGAAUGCUGUGCUAAGUGUAACUAAAUUUAUUAACAAAUAAAUCUGUUAAUGGUUUUGCUAGUACACCACUAAGCUCUUUUAAUAGCUUUGGGUGUAUUCCAUCAGGUCCCAUUGACUUAUUUGUCUUUACUUUUGACAGUCGAAAUAGAACCUCUUCCUCUGUAAACUCACAUGUAACAAAUUACUCAUUUGUCAUUUUUCCUAACUGAGGCCCCUUUCCUUCAUUUUCAUCUGUAAAUACUGAACAAAAAUAUUAAUUGAGGCAGUCAGCUAGACCUUUAUCAUCUUCUUUUUUUUUUCAAUUUAUAAUUUUUUUUAUUUAAUUCUUUGUUAAAAUAAGCAUAACGGUUACAGAAAAGCAAGGUACAUGUUAGUAAGAAUCACAUGUGCUAGACAUCGUACACAUUUAGUACCAGCAAGUACAAUAUUUUACAUGGAAAAGGUACAACAAUGAUUGCAGGUUAUAGCAGGGUACAAUUUUUAGUACACGUUGCGUAUUUAGCUUAUGUGUUAUUACUUUACAGUAUGUGGUCAUUGUGCGUGUAGUAGGUAUAUCAGGUAAAGCUGCGUUUUAGGUGUAGCUCCAUUUAAUACUACAAUUUUAGGAUUUGUGCCAUAAGAGGCCUGCUCACCCCUGCUUUCAUCCUUCUCCUAAGGAGGCGUAAUUUGUACCUCAACUCUGGUUAACCGAUAAGAUAGAAAGGUUACAUAGAAACAAAAGGGUUAUGUAAGGGGGGAGGGGGUGGGUCUCACUCCAGUGACUCACUUGAAACUGUGAACUUAUUUUGUGUCUUGCAUAUCUUUAACUAGCCUAAUUAAAAGGACUAAAAUGGCUGCCUCGGGCCAGAUUUUCCUGUGCUCCCUCCGUCCAACUCCAUCCCUGGGUGGGUAAAUUAAACAUAGCGGUUAUAAAAAGGCAAAGGGCCUAUUAGUAAGCAUCUCAUGUGCCAGGCAUCGAACACCCUGGUGCCAGCAUGCUCAAAUUUUAACAUGGUACAGGUAUAUCAAGGGUGCAUGAUAUGACGUAGUGCAAAUUGUAGUUAUGAAUCACUUGCACAGAAAUACGUUAUAUUGCCUGAUCAUUAUACAUGUAAAAGGCACAUCAGGUAGAGCUAAUUAUGGGUUUAGCAUCAAUUAAUACUUCAGCAGCAAAGGUUGUACCGUGAGAAGCUUUGUCGUCAUCAGUACCCUUGGUUGUUUGACUGCUAAGAUGAAGAGGGAUUGGUAGGAAAAAGAAAAAGAGAGAAAAAGGAGGGGGGAAAGUUAGAGGGAGGGUUAGUUUCACUCCAUAGACACACUUGAAAUCCUGAGCUAGUUUUACCUCAUGUAUACCUUUAACUAACAUGACUAAGAUGACUGCCCCAGGUCAGAUCAGAUCCCCCUGUCCCACUAUCUAUCCAUCCUCAGCCCUGGGUUGGUCAGUAGCGAGUACAAUGCGCCUAGUUGUUCAUUCACCACCUUGGUUGGUAAACAGUGCCUAGGAAGCUAGUAAAUUAGCGCAGUGCCUCUCAUAAAUAGGUUAAAAGUGAUACGCCUGACUCAGAGUCUCCUAGCUUUCCCUGACUGUCUAGGAGGAAUUGAUCCCUUAUCCCAUCCCAAGCUCCCCACAUUCGUUGAUAAUGGGAAGAUUUACCCUGCAGUGUUAUGGACAUUUUUUCAUAUGAGCAUAUGGAAUCCACUCUUUGGAUCGUUUCCAUUAUUGGUGGGGUUAUGGUGCUUUUCCAAUGAUGAGCAACGCAAAGUUUUGCCGCUACUAGGAGAUUUAAAAUAAUUGUUCUGUUUGGCAUGGUUACAAGGUUAGGGAUCAUGUGGAGCAUGUAAUAUUGGGGCAAUCUGGGGAGCCUGAGUCCGGCUAUAGUGUCUACUAACGCUGUUAUUGACUUCCAGAAUUGCUUUAACUUUAAGCAUUCCCAGAAUACAUGGCUAAGAGAGCCUAUGGUGGUUUGACAUCAGGUAGGAUUUGCAUCCUUAUAGAUUUGAGAGAGUCUGAGGGGCACCAAAUACCACCUCAUCUGUAAUUUUGCAUGAGCUUCGCACAUAGAUAUGCUUUUAGAGGCUGCCUUAGUGCAUCUGAUAGCCUCCUGCCAUUGUGAGAGUUGGAACGUCUUACCAAGUUCUUUUUCCCAGCUGUGCAUAUAGGGUAGCUUUUCUUCCUCUGGUUCACCAAGAGCCAAAUAACAUAAGGACAGGGAUUUUAAAUUUGUUGCUCCCUUUGUAAGGAGAUUAAACAACCUAUGAGGGGCUGAUUGUGCCUGGGGUUCCAUUUGUCGGGAGAGGAGAGUACUUUUGAAUGUAUGUAAAUAGUUCCCGAUGGGCUAAUGAAUAUUCAUUUUGCAAAUCCGGAAAUUGUUUAAUUCCUCGUAAGUCGUACAAAUCAGAGACUUUUGCUAUGCCUCCCCUCCCCUCCAAGAUCCCACUGGUAGGUCAGGUGAUGAUGCCUGACGGGCCUGAAUUGGGGCACACUUUAUUAACGUUUCUGAGUCAAUAAGCUUAUUGCUCCAUUAUUUCCACGCCGUAAGUAGGAACUUUGUGUUGGAUAGCCCUACGUGGGGGGUAGGAUCAAGGUUGGUCCAUAGCAGACUCUCUAAAGUAGAAGGUGAAAUGCAUGCAUUCUCUAGUUGGAGCCACACAGGAUUUGUAUGUUUUGCUAACAGGUCAACACUCUGUGACAAUACCAAAGCUCUGUAAUAGUUGUGGACACAGGGGAUUCCCAGGCCUCCUGCAUUAAGCGGAAGCCAUGACAUAUGUUGCGCAACCCUUGGGUUUUUUUUUUUCCAGACAUGAGUUUAUAAUCUUAUGCAUAAGUCUUGAGAUAUACCUAGGUAGGGGUAAUUGGAUUGUCCUGAAAAGGUAUAGGAUGUGAGGGUCGACCAUCAUCUUGAUAUAAUUUAUUCUGCCCAGCCACGAAACCUCCAGAGCUCCCCAUUUCUCUAUUUGAUUCUCCAAUUUAGCUAGGAGGGGAAUGUGGUUUUCCCUGAUUGUAUGGUGGAGCUUAUUCGUAUGUUUUAUACCCAAAUAUGUCAAAUAUUUAACUCGCCAAUCAAAAUUGUACUUGGUUUGUAAGAUUUUCUUAAGUUGUUUAGGUAAAUUGAUGGGUAAUGCCUGUGUUUUGGACUUAUUUUUUUUCAUAAUAUGAAAUUUGACCGUAUAGGGAAAGCUGGUGCUUUAAUGGUGGUAAGGAGUUAAGCGGUUCGCACAACAAUAUCAAAAUGUCAUCUGCAAAUACCGCUAGUUUUUUCCCCCAGCUGGGGUCAACAGGCCUUUAAUUGCUGUAGUGGAUUUAAUGCUACAGAUUAGAGGUUCUAAGCAAAGAAUAAAUAUAAGAGGUGAGAGAGGGCAACCUUGCCGCGUACCAUUGGAGAUAUGGAAUGCAGAUGACAGGAAACCAGUAUUAAAGACCUUUGCCGUGGGUUUGGAAUAGAGUACCUUAAUGCUCCGGACAAAAGCCUUUGAGAAGCCCAACCUGGAGAGCGUAGCAUCCAUAUAGGACAAGUUUAAACGGUUAAAGGCUUUCUCCGCGUCCAAAGCCAAAAGAAUGCCUAACUGAGAGCUAUUGUUUGCCAAAUCUAUGAGGUCCAAUGCCAAUCGGGUAUUGUCCCCCACCUACCGGUUUGUGACAAACCCUGCUUGUUCAGCCGAGACUAGCUGCGGGAGUAAUGGUUUGAUUCGGGAUGCAAGGUUUUUGGCGUUUAGCUUAAGGUCUGCAUUGAGCAGCGAUAUAGGGCGUAGAUUGGCGCAUAAGGUAGGGGGCUUGUUUGGUUUUGGUAAAGUUACUAUUUGUGCCUCUAACAUCUCUGGAGGUAUAGUGCCCCGCAGCAUAAUGUCAUUAAAAAGUCUUGUGAGAUGUGGAGUUAGUAUGUUUAGGAACUUAAUAUAAUAAUAGUUAGACUGGCCAUCUGGCCCUGGUGCCUUAUGCUUUGGAAUUGUGUGGAUUGCAGAUCUAAUUUCAUCUUCCUCGAGUGGGGCAUCUAAGGAUUGAGCUUGUUGGGCAGUGAGUGAUGGAAGAUGCACGUCAUUCAUGAAAUUUUCUAUUUCAAGUUUGUUUGGUGUAUUCAUGAUCAUCCUUUAAAUUAUAUAGGUGUUUAUAAAAUUGUGCCAACUCUUUUACUAUGUGAUAGGGGUUGAACAGUUUAUCCCCGGUUAUAGAUUGAUGUGGUGGAACCAGCCACGCCGCUCUCCACUGGAGGAGCCUGGUUGCUCGCCUGCUCCCUUUAGACUAUGGCCCAGCAUUUAAAACCUUUUAUUUUCCCUGCAGAAAGGCGUAUUCGUGCCUUUCUGCCGGGGUGUUCGGUAGAUUCAAUCAACCACCUGGGAACUGGAGUGUGCCGUCAAUUGACCACCAAGAAGCUGCAGUUAACCGCAGCUUAAUUGACGAAUGCUGGGUGGACUUUGUUUGCCGAACACGUGGCAGCGGCCAUUUUAACUCCCGAACGUCCAGCGGUGUUCAGCGCCCAAACUAUGGAACUGAAAAUGGACAUUUAUUUGCGUGAACACCGCUGAGCUGCCAGCCUCCUUACCUCUGCAUUCGGUAGUGGAACCGAAUGACUGUUCAUUCGGUAGUUUAACCGUAUGAACAGCAUAACCCCAGAUAGCCAUGCUAUGGAGUCUAUUCGUGUAACGAAAGACUAUGGGAAAGACUUUGGCUCCAUGGCGAUUGAACUGUAUGUAUGCGCCAUUCGGUAAUAAGGUGCGCUCAGAUCUAAGCUAUCUGGGGAUAUGUAGAAUGUGUGUGUUUUAUGUGAUAAAGGUAGCCGUAUGUAAUUUUAUGUCUUUUUACUAAAAUGUGUGUAAUGGAGUUUUGAGAUAAUUGGAUUACUUCCCAGUUAUCUCCGGGCCAGAGAGGAGGGAUUGUGAUGCAUUGUGGGAUUGUUGAAAUGUGUAAGUCUGUGAUUGGUCCUUUUACCCUUUGUGUCCCAGUCUCCCAUCUGGUCCCCUAGAGGAGUGUCCACCAGGUGGGAGACCUGCAUAAAAGCCGGGCAGGUAGCCCCAGUAAAUCAGAUUCUGCUUGACCCUCAAAACAAAGUGUCGUCUCGUUCUUGGGGGGUCAUUGGAUUGUAUGCUGAUUGCCAGGAGUGUAAGCUGAGGGUAUGCUUUUCCUGUUCGGCUGUUUCCAGUAUUCGUGUGUUUCCAGUUCGGGAGUUGGUGAAUUCGUGUAGUUUGCAGUUCAGGAGAUUGGUGCUUGCAGUAGCUGCCUGUGCAUCUGGAAAGGGGAAUAUCGCCUAAACGGGUUUUAACCUCUUGUGUGCAAAACGGUCCGUUACAAUUGAAUAUAGGGUAUUUUGGUCUGGAGAUAUUUAGAUUUUAGUUUUUUGGCUAGUAGUUUCCCUGCUUUAUUACCCAUUGCAUAGUGUAUCUGCUUAAGAGAUCUCAUAUCGUUCUGUGGUUAUAAGAGACAACGAGUUGAGUUCAUUAUUAAUGGCGGCUAUUUGUUUGGAGAUAUUUUUCGAUGGUCGUCGUUUAUUUUGGUCAUCUAAUUUGGAUGAGUCUUGGAGGAGUCGUGUCUGGGCCUCUGCGUUGCGUCUUUUUGUUAUUGAUCCUAGUUGUAUCAAAACUUAAUGCCCCCAUUCAGAGCCCCAAAAAAUAAAUAAAUGAAUAAAUAAAAUAAAUUUUCUUAAACUGAAAAUUACCAACAUUAUAAUGGUUCGUAUAUCAUAAACCAGUUAAAGUUAUUGUGAAAUCAAAAAUAUGUAAUAGGAUGUAUUAUCCAUCCUUCUAAUUAACCUUUUUUCUUUCUUAUUUUCGUAAUGCUUUCAACCUUUAACAAUAAUAUAAGCUUUAAAAAACAAAAAACAGCAAAAGAUAAAAAUAUAGAACUCACAGCAGGUAGAGAACUAAAGAGGUUGAGGGUUAGGUUAAGAGUAAAUGGCAAGUACUUUGCAUGUUAUACUCAUAUUGCUCAACAAAUCGAAUCAAAUAAAUAAAAAAACUAUUAAAUCAGAUCAAAUCGAAACAAAACAGAAAGAGGGAGAGGAAAAAACUAAGAAAAGAAAAGAACACCCCAUUUUAUGUAAUCACUAAGUAGAGUUGACACAUGCAGUAAUUGCUGACUCUCUUUUCUUACCUUCUGUUUCCUUUUGCUUUGCCUUUUUUCCCACAGUAGGGUGCAUUUUCCUUUGUACCUCCAUCCCUUGCUCUCUCUCUUCUUUUUUCCCUUUUUCUCUAACAUCUUUCUCCUUUUCCCUUUCCUUGUUUUCCCCCUUAUCCUUUUUUUUUUUCACCUCUUUCCUCUUUUUCCCAAGGUUUUCCACCGUUAGUUGUUGGAUCUUGCUUAGUACCUCACUACGGGCUGUCCAGAGAUCCUCACUAUGGGCUGUCCAGAGAUCCUCACUAUGGGCUGUCCAGAGAUUCUCACUACGGGCUGUCCAGAGAUCCUCACUAUGGCCUGUCCAGAGAUCCUCACUAUGGGCUGUCCAGAGAUUCUCACUUUGAGCUGUCCAGAGAUCCUCGCUAUGGGCUGUCCAGAGAUCCUCACUAUGGGCUGUCCAGAGAUCCUCACUAUGGGCUGUCCAGAGAUUCUCACUUUGGGCUGUCCAGAGAUCCUCACUAUGGGCUGUCCAGAGAUCCUCACUAUGGGCUGUCCAGAGAUUCUCACUACGGGCUGUCCAGAGAUCCUCACUACGGGCUGUCCAGAGAUCCUCACUAUGGGCUGUCCAGAGAUUCUCACUUUGAGCUGUCCAGAGAUCCUCGCUAUGGGCUGUCCAGAGAUCCUCACUAUGGGCUGUCCAGAGAUCCUCACUAUGGGCUGUCCAGAGAUCCUCACUAUGGGCUGUCCAGAGAUCCUCACUACGGGCUGUCCAGAGAUCCUCACUAUGGGCUGUCCAGAGAUCCUCACUAUGGGCUGUCCAGAGAUUCUCACUUUGAGCUGUCCAGAGAUCCUCACUAUGGGCUGUCCAGAGAUCCUCACUUUGGGCUGUCCAGAGAUCCUCACUAUGGGCUGCACAUAGAUCCUCAGUGCUGUCUUCCAACUGGCUGGUCCUGUUUCCUAAUUCAGAGACGUCUUUGGUUAAGUCAGAGGAAAUGUGUUUGAAAUUUUUCUGUAAUGUGACUCUUAGUAUGCAGGAAUUCUGUGUCACCAAUUAUCAGAGUACCCACUUCGGUGGUCUCCUCAUCUGAGAGGUCACCACCUUCUAGAGGCUGCUUAUGGCGCUCUCUCAUCGAGGGUCGGAGGGAGUCCAUCAAUUUAGUUUGUUUAGCUGGUGCCAUCACGUUCUGCACUAAUUAUUGUUGCAGUGCUAUAAUAUGAAAGACUUUGGAAGUUUUAGUCAGUAAAGGCUAUAAUGAACGCUAUUUAUUUUGGUCUCAGAGCUCGGAGAGCUCACGAUCUGCUCAGUCAAACACGUGGUCUAAUCAGUCUUUAUCCUCUUCUACAUUCCUUCCUUCUUUUGGUUUUAAUCUAACUAAUCCUUGUUUUACUUUCCUUUUCUCAUUUAUGUAAAUCCACCACUACUUCACAGUACCCCAAUAUCGGUGGGUCCUACACUAAUUUAAACGUGGGACACAAAUUAAAUAGUGCUGGCGCUAAAUAACUAAAGUGUAUUUUAGUAAUCUGCUGUAAGAGCAUUUUGAAUAGGUAUAUAAAGCAAAAUUAAUGUGAUAAAAGCAAUAAAAAUAGUGUCAGAACUAAUUAAAGUGAUAGUGCUUUAGCUGUAUAUGCUCACAAUACAUAUUAUGUAUCUGCUCGAUUAAAAUUAUAAUUAAAGUGAUAUUACUAUCUAAAACCUCUAUAAAUUAAUAAAAAAAUAUAAUAAAAUAGUGUCACUUUUAUUAUAAUUUUUAUAGAGCCCACCUCUACUAGUGGUGUUAAGCCCACCGCUAUGUCAUAGUAUCCCAAUAUCGGUGGGUCCUACACUGAUUCCAACGUGGGUGAUAAAAUGAAAAUUGCUUAACACAAUAUGGCCAUAUGGUAAGGGCCACUGCGUCCUGUAGGCAGACUAUCAAGUUGCAUUGAUCAUAAAGAGCCGGCUGCGGCUGCCACCGGCCACGUUACUGGGCACUAGGGAGCACUUACUUGAAGACUAGCGCCCAGUAGAAUGUCGAAGGGCGCAUCAUUCGCUUACCAGCCCCUUGCCCUGUAUGUGGGGGGGGAGGGGGAAAUAACAGGAAAUGGGGCUGGAAAAAUGUCGGCCGCCGUGUGCAGUAAAGAAUACAGGAACGGAGAGAAAAGUACAAUGAAAGUACUAGAGGACUCGCAGUGUGUGUUUCAGAGAAUGUGCAUCAGUCUGCAUGGCUCUGUGUGUUUGUGUAUGGCUCUGUGUGUGUGUGUGUGUGUAUGGGUCUGUCUGUGUAUGUGUAUGUGCGUUUGUAUGUAUGGGUAUGUGUGUGUAUGAGUCUGAGUGUAUGUGUAAGGGUCAGCGUGUGUAUGUAUGGGUCAGCGUGUGUGUAUGUGUAACAUAUUCCUCCUCACCUUGCGGUAUCUGCGCCCAGCGACCAUGCAUCUGUAUAACUGACUCUGGCAGCAUGUUGACAGACGCCAGCCGCUGCGGAUCCACGGCAAAUUAUACCCCCACAUCCGCCCACGUUAUUGACGAUGUCAGCGUACGCGUGACGUCACGCGGGAGACGCGCGAGCACGUUUUGGGGUCAAAGAUCGAUCUCGGCCAGUUAGGAUGGUAAAGCAGGUAUUUUAAGCUCAGAAUUGCGUUUCCUCUUUGCCCUGUCGUGGUUUCCCUAGUGAUUGUCCAAGAGUGUGUUCCUGAACAGUUAUAUUCUGUUUUUUGACUUUGGCUUCGUUUUGACUUUCCUGUAUUCGGGUAUCCCUGACUUCUGGCUUUCCCUAAUCAUUGUGUCUCUUUCUGUAUCCCCUGACCUCGGCAAGAAUCCUGACUAUUCUUUGGUACAUUAAGUCCGGCCAUUCUAAGGCCGGUAAUACGUUACCGAUUAGUCCUCAGUGUGACACAAUUCUGCAUGCUGGAUCAACUACUAAUCCUGACAUUACGACAUGGCCAUAGAUCCCGUAGAAUUGUGUCAGCACAUAGCUGCUUGCAAGAGAAAGCUAGUGGAGAAUGAUCACUGUAUGGAUCAGUUUGCCCACGCCUUCAGUACGCUCCUUACUCGAACAGCGCAUCUGCAAUCUGCGGCUUCUCCAACUGUGUCACCUUCGCCUAGUGUACCUCCUAUAGUACAUAAGGCACUUACUAUCUUCCUAUCUCAUCCCCUGCAUUUUGAUGGUAAUAGUCAAUAAUUCCAGGGAUUCUUGAACCAAAUUGAGUAUCAUUUUGAGGUCUCACCGGGCUCUUUUCCCACUGACAGAGCUGAAAUUGGUUACCUGUUGAACCAACUUAAAGGUAAAGCUUUAGUUUGGGCCAAUCCGUUAUGGGAGAGUAAUAGGAGCAUUGCGUACAAUUACCAGGAAUUCCUUGUGAAAUUUAAACUAAUGUUUUAACCAUUAGGCAGGGAGGAAGACACCACCACUGCCCUAAUGCAUAUCAGACAAGGGAACCGGUCUAUCUCGGAAUAUGCCAUAGAAUUUCGCACCUUGGCUUCCGACGUAGACAGCUUUAGCACUCCAAUUUCUUAGACCUAUUGUCCCUGACCUUCCUGUACAGUCCAAACCCGAACCCAUGCAGUUUGGGGGUCACUAGACUGUCGGAGGCAGAAAGACAAUAUAGGAGAAAAGAAGGCCUAUGUCUAUACUGCGGUAAAAGAGGACAUAUGAGGAGUGUUUGUCCCAUAUGUCCGGAAAACUACCGCACCUAAGAACCUUAAGAGGACAGGUCUAAGGUGUAAUGGGAAUAACAAAAAUAGGUUUCUUCUUGUUAUUACGAUCAUAUUUGACAAAAAUAACUUUUCAUGCAAGGCCCUGAUGGACUUAGGUGCAGCAAGAAAUUUUAUUGAUGUUCAGUUUGUUAAAAGUAAUGCUAUACCUAUCAAGGCGAGACUAUCACCUCUGGCUGUUGAAGCUUUUGAUGGGAGACCACUCUCUCAACCCUUAAUCACCCACAAAACCUUGCCCUAUAACAUGUCUAUUGGUGCCUUACAUAGGGAAGACAUAACAUUCCAAAUUAUUGCUUCUCCUUCUUGCCCUAUCAUAUUAGGCUAUCCUUGGCUUAGUACGCACAAUCCUCAUAUCGACUGGGCUAAUAGAGAAAUAUUGAAAUGGGGCAAGGAUUGUAUUGUGAAGUGUAUGUUACACAUCACCAAGAGACUGGGCACCAUUAAAUUACCCACUACUACGCCUCAAACCCCCAAAGUUUCCAUACAAUACCGGGAGGCUAAGGAAGUAUUUAGUAAGAGUCAGUCCAAUAUCUUACCUCCUCACAGGUCAUAUCACUGCUCCAUAAAUCUGUUACCCGGCGCUAUGCCACCUAAAGAAGCAGUAUAUGCCACUGGAGAGUAAAAUAAUGAUAGAAUAUAUCAAAGACUCACUAAACAAGGGCCAUAAACGGAAAUCAUCCUCACCUGCUGGUGCAGGCUUCUUUUUUGUAGAAAAGAAAGAUGGAGAGUUACGUCCAUGCAUUGACUACAGAGCAUUAAAUAAGAUUACUGUUAAGAAAGCCUAUCCCAUUCCCCUCAUAUCCGAAUUGUUUGAUAAACUCCAAGGUGCUACGAUCUUUACGAUCUCAGGAGUGCUUGCAAUUUGGUAAGAAUCAAGGAAAAUCAUGCGUGGAAAACGGCAUUUAACACUAGAUGCAGGCACUAUGAGUACCUCGUUAUGCCUUUUGGGCUAUGCAAUGCUCCGGCCAUAUUCCAGGAUUUUAUUAUUGAUGUACUCAGGGAUUAUAUCUAUUCAUUUGUCAUUGUUUAUUUGGAUGAUAUUCUUAUUUAUUCCCCUGACCUUCAAACUCACCACAAACAGGUCAGACAAGUCUUGCAGACUUUACUGGAAAACAAACUUUAUUGUAAACUUGAAAAAUGCUUGUUUGAUCAGACUGAAGUACAGUUUUUGGGGUAUAACAUUUCUGCCUCUGGUUUUCAGAUGGACCCUAAGAAACUAGAGGCUGUUAUACAGUAACCAGUACCUAGCAGACUAAAAGCCAUCCAAAGAUUUAUUGGUUUGCCAACUAUUACAGAAGAUUUAUCAAGGGGUUCUUUCUCGUAAGGGAGCUAGUAGUACCGUAUAUUUCACGUAAGGGAGCUAGUAGUACCGUAUGGUCUAAGGAAGCUAAAGAAGCUUUUGAACUUCUUAAACAAAGGUUUGCUUCUGCUGACAUACUGAGACACCCUGACACCAGCAAACCCUUCAUAUUGGAAGUCGAUGCCUCCGAAGCUGGGAUAGGGGCGGUUCUUAUUUAAAGGGAGAGUCAGGACACCCCUUUGCAUCCUUGUGGUUACUUUUCCAGAAAGCUGUCUCCCGCUGAGCGCAAUUAUGAUAUUGGCAACAGAGAAUUGUUGGCCAUUGUCCUAGCGCUUAAAGAGUGGCGGCAUCUUUUGGAAAGGUCCAAGGAUCCCCUUUUGAUCAUUACGGACCAUAAGAAUUUGGCUUAAUAAACAAUUGGGCAUCGAAUUGUCUUUUUCAUCCUCUUAUCACUCCCAAACCAAUGGUACGGCUGAGAGGGCUAACCAGUCAUUAGAAGUAUAUUUGCGUUGUUUCGUUAAUAGCACUCAAGAUAAUUGGUCCGAAUUACUACCAUGGGCCGAAUUUGCUAGGAUCAAUGCUGACCAUGACUCUUCUGGACAUAGCCCGUUUUUUAUUAAUAAUAGCCGUCAUCCUACUGUUCUGACGGCUGUUUUUUUUUUUACAUGCUUUAGAUAACCGCUUUGCUUCCAUUCGUGAUACUUGGGGCAAAGUUCACUCCACUCUGGGAACUGCAGCUGACCAUUUCAAACGCUAUGCUGAUAAAAGACGGGGUGCUAACCCUGUUUACCAAGUGGGUGAGAGGGUUUGGUUAUCUUUGCACAACAUCAAACAAAGUUCCUAGCAUGAAGUUUUCUCCUAGAUUCCUUGGCCCGUUUCGUAUCCUGUCUCGUAUUCUUUGGCUCUCCCUGCUUCCUUGCGGAUUCCAAAUACAUUUCAUGUCUCUAUGCUCAAACCACUUGUUUGCAAUAUGUAUACUGUCCCAAGUGUUCCCCCUCCUCCUUUGGUUGUUUCUGGACAGGAGGAGUAUGAGGUCUCCUCCAUAAUUGAUUCCAGAUUUUCUCGGGAUGCUUUACAGUACAGUUGAUUGGAAGGGUUAUGGGCCUGUAGACCGCUCCUGGGUUCUGGCCUCUGACAUCCAUGCUGACCGCAAGAUCCGCUCUUUCCAUGCUAAAAUAACUGACUCUUGCAGCAUGUUGACGGACGCCGGCCACUGCGGAUCCACGGCAAAUUAUACCCCCAUGUCCACCCACGUUUUGACGACAUCGGCGUCCACGUGACGUCACACAGGAGACGCGUGCACAAGUUUUGGGGUCAAAGAUCGAUCUCGGCCAAUCAGAACAGUAAAGCAGGUAUUUAAGCUCAGAAUUGCUUUUUCCUCUUUGCUCUCUCAUGGUUUCCCUAGUGGUUGUAUGAGCGUGUGUUCCUGAAUGGUUAUAUUCUGUUUUUUGACUUUGGCUUCGUCUUGACUUCCCUGUAUUCUGGUAUCCCUGACUCCUGGCUUUCCCUUAUGGUUGUGCCUCUUUCUGUAUCCCCUGACCUCGGCAAGUAUCCUGACUAUUCUUUGGUACAUUAAGUCCGGCCAUUCUUAGUCCUCGGUGUGACACAAUUCUACGUGCUGGAUCAACUAGUAAACCUGACAGUAUGGAUCAGUGUGUGUAUGGGUCAGUGUGUGUGUGUCUAUAUGAGUCAGUGUGUGUGUGUGUGUGUAUGGAUCAGUGUGUGUGUGGGGAGGUCAGUGUGAUCGUGUGUGUAUGUCUUUAUGGGUCAGUUCUGUGUGUGUAUUGAUCAGUGUUUGUGUGUAUGGGUCAGUGUGUGUCUGCAUGUUUCUGUGUGUGUGCCUGUAUGAGUCAGUGUGUGUGAGUAUGGAUCAGUGUAGGUAACUCUGAGUGGGUGGAAGGAAUGGGGCGGUAAAUUUUAUUUUGCCUAUUGCGGAAAAAAUCCUUGCACCAGCCCGGCAUAUGGUGGAACUGAAUCUCCAUAUUUGUUUGCUGAGAUAGGUGGUUUUAAGUAGCCUUGUAAAAUGUAAAAUUUUCAUUUUUAUGUGCGCGCUGUUCCUUAAUCUGUAUUUUUUCAAAUGUUGGAACCUAUGUACAGGUCCCCCCGUGAUUUGUUCUGGGAUUAAGGAGCUUCGAGUCCUUAAAACCACCCAGUCUGGGUUUGAAGGAUUUCUUAAAGAUAGAUUUACAACUCUGCAGGAAGUGAAAGAUCGAUGCUUCUCCACAGUCGUAAACUGCAAAUGGAAAUAUAACACUACUAAGGUAGCGGAUUACGAUUCUGUAUGGUGAGUGUAAAUAUUAAAUCCCCUAAAGUCCAGCGUUGUAUAAUGUGCAAUAUUUAUUAAAUAUUAAAAUGUAUUGAUAAUAACCCCGUGUUUAGGAAUAUUAAACCCCUCUAUUAUCCCGUGUCAUAUAAUAUUCAUUAAAAUGUAUUAAUAAUAACCUCAUGUUUAGGGAUAUUAAGACCCCUCUAUUAUCCAGUAUCAUAUAUUAUUCAUUAAAAUGUAUUAAUAACCCCGUGUUUAGGAAUAUUAAACCCCUCUAUUAUCCCGUGUCAUAUAAUAUUUAUUAAACUGUAGUAAUAAUAACCCCAUGUUUAGGGAUAGUAAGACCCCUCUAUUAUCCCGUGUCAUAUAAUAUUCAUUAAAAUGUAUUAAUAAUAACCCCGUGUUUAGGAAUAGGCCAUUUUCAUGUAAGAUACAUUUUAGUGAACAGUCGGCAGAGCCAUCCAGCUAUAUUGGGGUAAUUAAUAUAAACGUAUAAAUGAUAACUGUCUCCCGUGUCGCGCGCUGUGCUCUGUCUGUAGGGGAAAUCUGUCAAUGUUUCUGUUGUUGCAGGGAAAUUAUUAAAGAGACGAUCCUGGACACAUUCGCCGGGCCCUUUGAUAAGGGGGAAUAUUCACCGUCUGUCCAGAAGACGCUGUUUGAUAUCCAGACGCUGAGUUUAAGAAAGGUUCCAGAGGUAAUUAUUCCUUAAAGGGACACUGUAGUCACUAUAACCACUUUGUCUCUUUGAAUUGGUUAUAGUGCCUGGAGUGGCCUGGCACUGUCCCUCCAUUCAGUGUUGCACCAUGUUUGUGCAGUAUGCCACAAAAUAAGAGUCCCUGGCCACCCACAGUCCGGCCCCUUCUGUAUGUGUAGCUAAGGCAGAGAUUACACACUUCCUUGUUGUCAUACCCAUUCAUGGAGCUCUGACAGGUUAAAAGCAGUCAGAUGACACUCUCAGCCAAUCACAGCUGCCCAUUGCCUCUCAGGGUAAUACUUCCUUAUUAGCCAAAGCAGCACAGAGGGGAUGGACUGCUGGGGUCUCAUGUUUAGCAUUAAAACAUUACAACAUUAAAAACUGUUUAAAGGACCACUCUAGGCACCCAGACCACUUCAGCUUAAUGAAGUGGUCUGGGUGCCAGGUCCCUCUAGGAUUAACCCAUUUUUUCAUAAUUAUAGCAGUUUCAGAGAAACUGCUAUAAUUAUGAAUGGGUUAAGCCUUCCCCCUAAUCCUCUAGUGGCUGUCUCAUUGACAGCCACUAGAGGCGCUUGCGUGCUCUCACUGUGAUUUUCACAGUGAGAGCACGCCAGCGUCCAUAGGAAAGCAUUGUAAAUGCUUUCCUAUGAGACCCCGGCUGAAUGCGCGCGCAGCUCUUGCCGCGCGUGCGCAUUCAGCCCGGCGGGCAGGGGAGAGGGAGGAGGAAGCUCUCCGCCCAGCGCUGGAAAAAGGUAAGUUUUUACCCCUUUUCCCCUUCCAGAGCCGGGCGGGAGGGGGUCCCUGAGGGUGGGGGCACCCUCAGGGCACUAUAGUGCCAGGAAAACGAGUAUGUUUUCCUGGCACUAUAGUGGUCCUUUAAUGCUGAAAGAAAUGAUGGUACCAGGGGACUCCAGACACUAUAACCAGUUUAAUGAGAUGAAGCAGAUACAGUGCCUACGGUGUCCCUUUAAAUGCCUUUCGACUAUUUACUAAAGUGUCUAUUUCUGGGAAUUCACAGUAAACAUUACAUUUCACACCAUAAUAGCUGAAUUUUUAUUUCAGUGCUGCUAAGGAUAAAACUCUUUUUUCUUUACAGAUUGAAGAAAUUGAACUGAUUUUGCCAAACAAACACUAUUUUUCUAUUGACAUGAGCAAACUGGGGCUCUCCAACUCGGAUGAGGUAAACAUUUCUGACGGGCGGAUACAUCCUACCUGGGGUGAUACAUAUCCCCCGGGGCUAAUGCUAUGUAGCAUCUUAGCCUGGUGGAUAUAUUACAGUAUCUCCGAGAUGGAAAUACACAAUCAGGGCAUAAUAAUAUAUCUCCCGGGAAUUUUAUACUAUCUGGGGGUAAUACAAUAGCUGUGGAGGUGAUAUAUUAUUAUUAUAUAUCAUACAGGACCGCGCGAUAUGACAUUCACUCACUGUUUAAUAAUGUUUAACACUGUAUCUCUGAAGAUAUAUCUAGGAUUUAAUAAUAGAUAAUACAAUAUCUCUGUGGAUAUAAGUUCUUAGAAGUAAUUGUAUUUGGAAUUGACAUUUAUUUCAGAUUUACACCACUGAAUGAAAACCUGUAAAUCACCAAAAAUAUUUCAUCAGGUGCUCCAGUAUCUUUUGUUUAUAUUAAAGAUUUACCAAAUUAAAGCAUAAUCCAAUUCAGACAAGGCUCACAUUGCAAGUGAAGAGGAUAAGUUGAAAAUGGCUUCAUGUCUCCUCCUCUCUGUAUGCUCUCUAUACUGACUGCCAGGUGUAAAGGGCAGAGCUUAUAACAAUGAUUGACAGGGAGCUAAGAUGGAGGUGGCUCUCUAUUCUGACUGCCAGGUGUAAAGGGCGGAGCUUAUAACAAUGAUUGACAGGGAGCUAAGAUGGAGGCGGCUCUCUCUAUACUGACUGCCAGGUGUAAAGGGCGGAGCUUAUAACAAUGAUUGACAGGAAGCUAAGAUGGAGGCGGCUCUCUCUAUACUGACUGCCGGGUGUAAAGGGCGGAGCUUAUAACAAUGAUUGACAGUGAGCUAAGAUGGAGGUAGCUCUCUCUAUACUGACUGCCAGGUGUAAAGGGCGGAGCUUAUAACAAUGAUUGACAGGGAGCUAAGAUGGAGGUGGCUCUCUCUAUACUGACUGCCAGGUGUAAUGGGUGGAGCUUAUAACAAUGAUUGACAGGGAGCUAAGAUAGAGGCGGCUCUCUCUAUACUGACUGCCAGGUGUAAAGGGCGGAGCUUAUAACAAUGAUUGACAGGGAGCUAAGAUGGAGGCGGCUCUCUCUAUGCUGACUGCCAGGUAUAAAGGGCGGAGCUUAUAACAAUGAUUGACAGGGAGCUAAGAUGGAGGUGGCUCUCUCUAUACUGACUGCCAGGUAUAAAGGGCGGAGCUUAUAACAAUGAUUGACAGGGAGCUAAGAUGGAGGUGGCUCUCUCUAUACUGACUGCCAGGUGUAAAGGGCGGAGCUUAUAACAAUGAUUGACAGGGAGCUAAGAUGGAGGCGGCUCUCUAUAUACUGACUGCCAGGUGUAAAGGGCGGAGCUUAUAACAAUGAUUGACAGGGAGCUAAGAUGGAGGUGGCUCUCUCUAUACUGACUGCCAGGUGUAAAGGGCAGAGCUUAUAACAAUGACUGACAGGGAGCUAAGAUGGAGACGGAUCUCUCUAUACUGACUGCCAGGUGUAAAGGGCGGAGCUUAUAACAAUGAUUGACAGGGAGCUAAGAUGGAGGCGGCUCUCUCUAUACUGACUGCCAGGAGUAAAGGGCGGAGCUUAUAACAAUGAUUGACAGGAAGCUAAGAUGGAGGUGGCGCUCUCUAUACUGACUGCCAGGUGUAAAGGGCGGAGCUUAUAACAAUGAUUGACAGGGAGCUAAGAUGAAGGCGGCUCUCUCUAUACUGACUGCCAGGUGUAAAGGGCGGAGCUUAUAACAAUGAUUGACAGGGAGCUAAGAUGGAGGCGGCUCUCUCUAUACUGACUGCCAGGUGUAAAGGGGCGGAGCUUAUAACAAUGAUUGACAGGGAGCUAAGAUGGAGGCGGCUCUCUCUAUACUGAGUGCCAGGUGUAAAGGGCGGAGCUUAUAACAAUGACUGACAGGGAGCUAAGAUGGAGGUGGCUCUCUCUAUACUGACUCCCAGGUAUAAAGGGCGGAGCUUAUAACAAUGAUUGACAGGGAGCUAAGAUGGAGGUGGCUCUCUAUACUGACUGCCAGGUGUAAAGGGCGGAGCUUAUAACAAUGAUUGACAGGGAGCUAAGAUGGAGGCGGCUCUCUCUAUACUGACUGCCAGGUGUAAUGGGCGGAGCUUAUAACAAUGAUUGACAGGGAGCUAAGAGGGAGGCGGCUCUCUCUAUACUGACUGCCAGGUGUAAAGGGCGGAGCUUAUAACAAUGAUUGACAGGGAGCUAAGAUGGAGGCGGCUCUCUCUAUACUGACUGCCAGGUGUAAAGGGCGGAGCUUAUAACAAUGAUUGACAGGGGGCUAAGAUGGAGGUGGCUCUCUAUACUGACUGCCAGGUGUAAAGGGGCGGAGUUUAUAACAAUGACUGACAGGGAGCUAAGAUGGAGGCGGCUCUCUCUAUACUGACUGCCAGGUGUAAAGGGCGGAGCUUAUAACAAUGAUUGACAGGGAGCUAAAAUGGAGGUGGCUCUCUCUAUACUGACUGCCAGGUGUAAUGGGCAAAGCGUAUAACUGUAACAAAACCCUGCCAUGUGCUUGGGAAUGUUCCCUAUAACUGUCCCUUUAAGAACUAGCCAGGGACAUAUAUGGGAACAGAGACCUCGGAUUAAAAGUGUAUAUAGUUUUCUUCAGUAAAGGACAUCAAGCUGUCUACAAGCUGGAGGUUUUUAGUUACUUUCGGGAGGAUUUUCUACAAAGCUUUUCGGGACUUUUAAAGCAUUCGUGCAAUUGUGGCACCUAAAACUGUAUGAACACUGCAUUCAUCAUAUGCAUCAAACCUCCAGACUACCAGAAAUCCGUGCCAAAACUACCGAACGCACCGCCGUUCGGUAGAAAGACUAAGUAACACGUGGGGAUUCUAGCGAACAUCAAGAUAACCACGGAUGACAAGCCUUUCGGGACUUUUUUACCCACGAAUAAGGACCGACCGCAAGGCCAAAAGUUAUGGAACUGUUUUCGGCACUUGUGCCUGUGCGGUCGGUCAAAACGUUAAAGUGCCAUAUCUCCCGAACCCCUGAACCGAAUGGGAUGAUUUUUAAAUAUGUUGCUCCCCCAGAGUAGGGCUAUCACCCUUAGGGUCCCACUCCCGCCGAGCUGAAGGGGGAGGAAGGGGGUUAAACACUCACCUUUUUCCAGCGCCGGCCUUCCUCGGUGCUGGGGACUCUCCUCCUCCUUCGGUCGUCAUUGGCUGAAUGCGCAUGCGCGGCAAGAGCCGCGCGCGCAUUCAGUCAGUCCAUAGAAAAGCCUUGUCAAUGCUUUCCUAUAGACGCUGGUGUCUUCUCACUGUGAAAAUCACAGUGAGAAGCGCGGAAGCGCCUCUAGCGGCUGUCAAUGAGACAGCCACUAGAGGCUGGAUUAACCCAUAUGUAAACAUAGCAGUUUCUCUGAACACACUGCAUUAUAUACACACACUAUACAAACACACACACACUUCAUUAUAUAAACACACUACAUUCACUUAGCAUUUAGUAUUUACAGCAUUCACUUUACACACACACUGCAUUCACUUUAUGCACAUUACCCACACACUACACAAACACUCUGCUUUCAUUAUAUACACACUACACUAAUACACACUGCAUCCACUACACACACUAGACAAAUACACACUGCAUCCACUACACAAACACACACUGCAUCCACUACACACACACUACACAAACACAAACAGCAUCCACUACACACACUGCAUCCACUACACGUGGCAUGUAUAUUUUGUGCAUUUACCUUUAGAAAUAGUUUUUAUUUUCCAAAAUUGUAAAUGUACAGAAUAUUGGCAAAUUAUAUCGGCUAUCGGCCUGAAAGGUAACAGAAUAUUGGUAUCGGUAUUGGCUCUAAAAAAAUCAAUAUCGGUCGAUCCCUACUUUAAGGGGUUAAAGAGAUGCCUAGAACUGCGAGAUCAUGAACUAAUGAGAAAAGAAAAAUGGGACUGUUUAGCAAGGGCGAAGACAAAGUUAUUGUGUAGAAAGCCUGACAAGGUGUGAGACUUCCUUCAGCAGCGUUCAGCUGAACAGGAGCAUCUCUGCAGGUAGCGGAUUGACUUAGUGUGCCACUAUAUAAAUGUGAUGUAUUGUUAUAUAUUUUAAUAUGCUGGGAAAAAAAACAUUUUAAAAGUUUAUCCCCAAAAAUUAAAUAAUUUAGAAAUCGUAUCCAACAAUAUUAAAAUGAGGCCAAUAUAAAAUCACAUGAUGUGCAAUUGAAUUUGGCUUGUCUGUUUGUAUGUAAAAUUACUUCGAAACAGUUUAAAGGUGCACUCUGAUCACUGUCACAAUUUUUAGAUAUUUUAAUGCUUUUUAGUUAAAUGAUUUGCUGUUCUUUGCCUGAUCCGUUUUGGAUAGUUUAUCUAAACUAUACAAAUACAUGUUUUUUUGACAUUCCACAUCUUAACACUGUCUUUCUAUAAUGCAUUUUUCCUACAGUGAACUAGUUAAGAUCAUUUAGUAUUUUCAAUGAAGAAAAUGUACCAAUCCCCCAGCAUACCAUUCGUCAUUCGUCACAUACUAAAUAAGAAAAUAUUAAGAAAUAUAGAGAUUACUUGCUAUAUUCAUUUUUGGGGUAUUAUAUGAGAAUCAGAUCUGCUAAAAUAUUAAAUAAAAUAAAAUAUGAGUGAAUAUUGUACAUUACUUAGCUCCCUGAUCUUGUUAUGACCGGCUUACAUGGUAUCUUGGUUCAACAACCAGUCACUUUGUUAGUAAUUGUCUUUAGAUCAGAAGGGAGAACUGUUCUGGAAAUUGAUUAAUCUUUCAAGGCUUGGACUUAAUUUGAAUUUUACCUACAUGUCUUCUCCAUCACAGGGAGAUGACAAACAAGAAGCAGGAAGUAUCAGGAGUACAAGUAAAUUAGGUGAAGUGGUUUAAAACUGUAGGUCCAAGGUGCAUUUCCCCCCUGAUAUGAGUUUUGGGUUGAGAUUCUGCCCAGUGGUGUUCGGUCAAACACAUUAGCUAGGGGAAAGAGUCCAGAACUUAUUGAAAUAAGAGGAGCUAUAGAGGUGUCAACCAGAAAGUAAUCACUAAAGCCCACAUUUUUAGAAUGCCAGAAAUUUUCUCAGCCUGUCUUAAGAUUUUAUAGGUGUUAAGACACUCACCACCAGGUAGAUGAAGCCGCCGUUUAGUGAAUAAUCCCCUUCUCCAGAAAUGCAGUUUAUAUCCAGCCGAUCACCAAACUCCCGAACGAAGUUCACGAACACGGCAACUCCCGAUCAGCAAAACAGUCCAACGGCUUCCACAGCUAAAAAUAACGAAAGCGCUGUCCCAGUAGUAAUUCCCCCACAAACGAGACCAAGCUCCGUCUUGAGGGUCAAAUAAGGUUCUGUUUAAUGGGGGCUACCUGCCCGGUAUUUAUGCAGGUCUCCACAAGGUGGACACUCCCCGAGGGGACCUUGUGGAAGACUGUAAAACAUAUUGUACAGUAGCCAAUCGCAGUGGCUUCAAUAUAAGCCCUUCCCAUCUUACCCAUAAAUCCGUCUUCUCUACCUCGGAGAUAAUUGGGAAGAAACCUAAUUAUCUCCUAGGAUAGAGACCAUCGCCAUUUUAAAAUACAGUAAUAGAAAUACAUUAAAAUACAUAACUUAGAAAAUACCGAAUGAAUAUAGUUCGUAUAACGUAUCCCCAGACAGCCUGGAUCUGAGUGCAUAUUUCCACCGAAUAGCGCUCAGAUCCAAUGUAUCUAGUCGAAUCGCCAUGGAGUCAAAGUCUUUCACCAGUCCUUCGGUAUACGAAUGACUCCAUGGGACGGCUAUCUGGGUAAAGGUCCAUACGAAUGCAUAAAACUCCCGAACAGACUGGCGUUCGUAUGCCUCGCCGAAAUAGAAGGGGGGGCAUCAGCUUCCAUAGAAUUUGUACCGAACACCGCUACGCUUUCUCAUGUCCCAAAAUGUCCGCUGCCUCGUGGUCGACAUGCGAACGACGACCACCCGUACGAAUGGAAUGGAGAGGUGUCUGCGGUUAACCACAACGUUCUAAUUGGGGCCAAGAGGUUAACCAGCAGCACACUCCUCUCCUGGGUGGUCAUUCGUUCGGUAGUUUCAAUCGGCAUUUUGUAAUUUCACGAACAGGGACAUACGAACAGGGAAUCCAGCGAAAUAAAGGGGAAACAGAUGAACCAGCAAUAUAGGUGAAUCUGUCACAAUAGGCUUUUUUUUUCAAUUGCAAUUUAGGUUUAGGAGAAUAGUUGGAUUUUGUGUUGGUGGUGUUAAUAAUUUUUUAUUAGGGGCUCAAUUAUGACAUUUCUGCUCAUAGGAAGAGACACAUAGUGGUACAGGAGAGGUGAUUGCCAGCCAAAUUGGGAAGCUUAGUGUCUGUGGAUAACAUAAGUACAGAGCUUGAGAAGGAAAUCUCUGAAACAUGUGCAGAGUUUAAAUAAACACAAGAUGCGCCAUAUUUACUACAGCCCACUGUGGUGGUUAUGGUGCCAGUAGUGCUUAGCUCCCCCCGCCCCACCAUUUUGUAAAUAGUCAACUGUUUUUAAAAGGUUUGACUUCUUACCUUGUUCUGUCAGGUGCCGUUCUCCACCAACAGUACAAAAGCUGAAAAGCCGGAUGUUCCUAAGUAAGAACUAACUUUAGCUUAUUGGCUGAGGGCCAUCAGUUGACCCUACCCGCCUUCACUAUUGUUACUCUCAUAGAUGAUAUCUCAAUUGAUGUUGUUGGGUGUUCUUAAAUGGUGGAGGAAUGGCAAUGCUCUCAGAAAUGGCCUUUAACGCUGCCUCCUGAGUCCUGAUUUGCCUACAAAGGGGGAACAUUUCAGCUGGAGAUGCUAAAACCAUCAUGGUUAUCUCUCAUUGUGUGCCAGCUAAUAUUACUGAUCAGCAUGGAUGUUAAAAUUUUCACAUGGAUUCUAGCAAAGUAUUUGAUACUGUAGCUAUCCAUAAUUGCUCAUCCAGACCAGGUUGGGUUUAUUGACAAUCUGGGCCCCUGGAUGCGAUUAGAAGUGUACUUUGAUGGACCUCUCCCAUAGAUAGGAAAUCUCAAUGAUGACAAGAAAGCUUUCAAUGCUGCUUUAAUGAUGGAAAACUGUGUCCCAUGUCACACGAGGUAAAAGGUGCAAAACUAUCUUUAAAUGAAUACUAUAUUCCCUAGAAACUUAAUAGGAAAAAUCCACGCGUGGCAAUCGCUGCAAUGCACGAAUGAAAUGCUUCUCAGUGUAGCAAUGAAACAAACGCAUCUCAGAGAGAAGCAUUGAAUAUUCAACAUCGUCAUGGAAUGUGAGUUUGACUUUGUUCAGCACACAAAUGCACCAUCUAGUGGCUGCCAGGGUAACAGGACAUACUUGAAAAGAAGACAAAUCUCAAAGUAUCCAUACUGGUAAAAUAUUUUAUAAAUGUGUGUUUAGCAAAGCACUUCAUUUGGUGCUGAUAGUGUCCCUUUAGAUUCCACGGUGGUCUUGCUUGGACCUUCUUUCCAUAGACAAUUAAUUCCCUCCUGUUCUAUCAGCUAGAAAUCUGCCACAAGUCUUUUUAUUAAAAUAUCGAAAAAAAAAUUUUUUUUAAAUUUAGAUUUAUUUUAAAAAUCGGCUACAUUUUGUUCGUACAGAUAAAGAACAUAGAUGGAAAGUAUUUUGUUGACAAGAGGGAGCUGUGCUCAAAACACAGGACUAGAAUGUUUUAAAUCCUAAUCUCCAGCUUACAUCUUUUUACGGCCGAGAAUUAAAAUGUCGUUGUAACGGAGCUCCCUGUACUCCGACCGAGUACCCUCCGUUGAUGGAUGCUCCUAGCGCUUCCUGAGGACUCCAAACACUGCAGCAGACACCACAACCACCGCAGACUCCACAACCGCCGUAGCUUAACUGGAGUCUCGCCGUCUUCCUUCCACCCUGGAUCAGCUUCUGUCCUCCAGGACCGUGUGGGGAAGACCUCUCCUCCAGGAGAGCAUAACAGGAACAGCUCUUAAAAGAGCUAAGUGAUUAAAAGCUCAGGGGAGUAUGCAGAGCAUAGCAAUCCCCAGUGUGAUAUAGCAGUUCCCUCCAAUAACGAGACAAGGCUACGUAUUGAGGGUCAAGAAGAUCUAAUGUUUAAUGGCACACACUCUGUUUUUAUGAGAUUCUGCCCAUGCAAGGGAGACACCCACAUAAUUAGCAGUAUAACCAAUCGGAACAAUAUACAUUCGGGGAAAUUCCCAUCCCUCAGAUAAUCACAUAACAUAAUUAAAACAGAACAGUAAAAAUACAGUUUUUAUACAUGUACUAUAACUUCCAAACUACACAUCCAAUCUUCAUAAAAAUUACAUAUUUGGAAUCAAUCCAUUAAGGGGAGCAACAUAUUAAAAAAUGGCACAAAUCAGACAAGGGGUUCAAAAGUUAGCAAAAGUGUCUUUUGGGGCCUGGCUGGCAGCAUGGUUUUCUGGCCCAAACCGGUUUUACAGAGGCCUCUAUCCUGGACAAUGGGGAAAGUAAUCCAAUUAUCCAGGGAUAGAGGCAGACUCCAUUAACCACAUGUUAGCAAAAGACACAAAAAGACACAAAAAUACAUAACUCCUAUUGAACUGAACAGAACCCCCACAUUCAACCUAUCCCCAGAUGGCUUGGAUCUGAGCGCUCAAUAUAUCCAAACAGCGCUCAGAUCCCACAAAUACAGUCAAAUCGCCAUACACACUAGGUCCAUAGUCAUGGGGCAGAAGGCUGGCAAUUAGGCUUCUCCAUAACACAGGGAAGCAGGGCAAUUUGUCAAAUAAAAUAACAGUUACAAAUGGCAGUUUGUAACAUAUCUCCCCUUUUGGAGGGAGACUAACCAGACACCUGACCUCCUGUCGGUCAGUGCCUAAGUUAGUCUUGCAGCCCACCCACAAAUAACAAGUAGCAAAGUAGCCCCCCCACAAUAAACAGUACUGGCCUGUAGGUUCCAGGUUGUAGGAUGAAAAUGCAGCAUCCUCUGCCUUCCUGGUGCAGCUGGGCAAAUAGCUGGUAGUACUUGGGGGGCAGAGGCCAGCGGCGCUCUGCCCUGAUGCCUGCACUUCUGCUGGGGAGAGGGGGUUGCAGACCAGUCCUGUAACCAGGGGGUCGGUAGGGCAGAGGCCAGUGGCGCUCUGCCCUGAUGUCAGCUCUUCCGCUGGGGUAGCCGGCAGAAUGUCAUGCUCUGUACAAGGGACACAGGGAGGGCAGAGGCCGACUGCACUCUGCCCAGCUGCCAGCUCUUCCGCUGGUAUAGCCUGCAGGACAUCAGGCUCUGGACAAGGGACAAAGGGAGGGCAGAGGCUGACUGCACUCUGCCCAGCUGCCAGCUCUUCCGCUGGUAUAGCCUGCAGGACAUCAGGCUCUGGAUAAGGGACAAAGGGAGGGCAGAGGCCGACUGCACUCUGCCCAGCUGCCAGCUCUUCCGCUGGUAUAGCCUGUAGGACAUCAGGCUCUGGACAAGGGACAAAGGGAGGGCAGAGGCUGACUGCACUCUGCCCAGCUGCCAGCUCUUCCGCUGGUAUAGCCUGCAGGACAUCAGGCUCUGGACAAGGGACAAAGGGAGGGCAGAGGCCGACUGCACUCUGCCCAGCUGCCAGCUCUUCCGCUGGGGUGCUGGGAACAUAGUCCGGCUCAGUAGCCAGGGGAACAUGGGAGUCAGUGGGGGUUAACAUCUCCUCUGUUAACCCUGGGGCCAAGUUAGGAGUUAGCUGGGGAGGGGAAUUCGUACUUACCCCCUCCUCCUGUUGUCCCUGUGAGGGUAGUUGGGGAUCUGGACAGGCUGUCCAGCAUCCCUGUAGGUCGGGCACAGAGACCACGGUCCCCUCUGCGCCAUCUGGGAGAUUGGUGUCUCCCCUUGGUAGGGUAAGCUGCCGCUGGGGAGAUAGGGUGCUGUGCUCCUCUCCCUGAAACACAGGCUGCCGCUGGAGAGGGAGACCGCCUGUCUCCACUCCCAUAACAUUGUCCUGCUGCUGGAGAGAGAGACCAACUGUCUCUGCUCCCUGUAGGACACACUGCUGCUGGGGAGGAAGGACGACACCUUCGGCUCCCUGUAACUUGCACUGCCGCUGGGGAGGAAGGACGACACCUUCGGCUCCCUGUAACUUGCACUGCCGCUGGGGAGGAAGGACGACACCUUCGGCUCCCUGUAACUUGCACUGCCGCUGGAGACUAGGUGUCCAUAUCCUCAACCUCCACAGUUGUCGCUCAAAGGCCAUUGCCGCACUGUUCUCAGCACUCAACUGGCGCAUUACUUGGUGGACCACCUCGUUCGAAAGGUCUGGGCCAUAGCAGACCAACCGCCUCUUUACCUCCUCAAUGUAAGCGUCGUCCUCGUAGCGACGUAUCAUGUUGAGGUGCUCUUUGCAGGGCUCUAUCCAUCCCUGCUCCAUGCUGCUGUAGUUAGGGACGCUGCACAGUGGCUAGCGUUGCCCUCAAUAACCUCUCAUACGAUACCAGUGUCUCCGAGCUGCUUCUCCUCGCACUAGGACGCCAUCCCACCGCUGCCACCAAUGUAACGGAGCUCCCUGUACUCCGACCGAGUACCCUCCGUUGAUGGAUGCUCCUAGCGCUUCCUGAGGACUCCAAACACUGCAGCAGACACCACAACCACCGCAGACUCCACAACCGCCGUAGCUUAACUGGAGUCUCGCCGUCUUCCUUCCACCCUGGAUCAGCUUCUGUCCUCCAGGACCGUGUGGGGAAGACCUCUCCUCCAGGAGAGCGUAACAGGAACAGCUCUUAAAAGAGCUAAGUGAUUAAAAGCUCAGGGGAGUAUGCAGAGCAUAGCAAUCCCCAGUGUGAUAUAGCAGUUCCCUCCAAUAACGAGACAAGGCUACGUAUUGAGGGUCAAGAAGAUCUGAUGUUUAAUGGCACACACUCUGCUUUUAUGAGAUUCUGCCCAUGCAAGGGAGACACCCACAUAAUUAGCAGUAUAACCAAUCGGAACAAUAUACAUUCGGGGAAAUUCCCAUCCCUCAGAUAAUCACAUAACAUAAUUAAAACAGAACAGUAAAAAUACAGUUUUUAUACAUGUACUAUAACUUCCAAACUACACAUCCAAUCUUCAUAAAAAUUACAUAUUUGGAAUCAAUCCAUUAAGGGGAGCAACAUAUUAAAAAAUGGCACAAAUCAGACAAGGGGUUCAAAAGUUAGCAAAAGUGUCUUUUGGGGCCUGGCUGGCAGCAUGGUUUUCUGGCCCAAACCACAGAGGCCUCUAUCCUGGACAAUGGGGAAAGUAAUCCAAUUAUCCAGGGAUAGAGGCAGACUCCAUUAACCACAUGUUAGCAAAAGACACAAAAAGACACAAAAAUACAUAACUCCUAUUGAACUGAACAGAACCCCCACAUUCAACCUAUCCCCAGAUGGCUUGGAUCUGAGCGCUCAAUAUAUCCAAACAGCGCUCAGAUCCCACAAAUACAGUCAAAUCGCCAUACACACUAGGUCCAUAGUCAUGGGGCAGAAGGCUGGCAAUUAGGCUUCUCCAUAACACAGGGAAGCAGGGCAAUUUGUCAAAUAAAAUAACAGUUACAAAUGGCAGUUUGUAACAGUCGUGAACAAAUCAAUAGGAACAGAAUAGAGUAAAACCUCAAAAUCCCAGCCCGAGUCAUCACGUGUAGUACAACUCCCAUUACACACACGCGCUGGUUCGGAUAGUGAGAAGAGCUUGGACAGGUCAAUAUAUACUGCCACUGCUGGCGGUGUGGUGUGUUUUAUAAAAUACUCCUCAAUAGCCACGAACCCAAACAAUUCCAUUGCGUUCUUCGUGCCAUGUGAAUUAUACAUUAGCAUUUGUGGAUCAGGUAAAAAUAGGGCUUACUGAUAUCUCAUAGAGUUUGUAACAUUAUUUGCUCUGCAGACAAUAGUGGCGUCUGUGCACCGGGAUUUGUUUGACUCCAAAUACUUCUACUUCAGUAUAAUCCAUUUCCCGCAGGAAGUAAUAACAAUCAGAUAAAGUCAGCUCGUUAUUGGCAGAGGAUGCAGAGAAUCUCUUCCAAGUGGCCGGAGGCAGACUGACCGGGAUCUCUGGGUAGGUGACACUAUGGAACGUGGCUUCCUACGUGACACUUUGAAGUUUCUUUCUAGGCCCCCAUGAAGUUCACUGGCUAAAUGUGAAACUUAAUAAAUUGAAAACAAGACUAUUGUGCAGGGGGGUCAAGCAAAGGACGUCAACAACCAAAUAGAUUGUGAUAAAAUGGAUAAAUGCCAAGUACUCACCUGUCUGCUGGCUUCUCUUUCUAAUGUUGGGUUUUCCACAGACCCACAUUUUUACGGUGUAUGUUGGCUUGUGGUACACACUGUGCCAGGGAAAUAUAUAUAUAUAUGUGUGUGUGUGUGUAUUACAGUCAUUCAAGAUAGGACAGGCAUAUUUAGGUUGAUCAUAUACAGGUAUGUAAGGCCAUAUAUAUUUUUGUACACAUAGGUACUCUCAGGUAGAGCAGAUGGUUUAGCAGUGCCACUAUUUAAGCAAUGUCCUGCUGAUCAAUUUGCUGUUUCUGUGUAUAUUUGGAGCCCGGAUCGCACAGGGGCCCGUAAUGUAUUUACUGAAAAGUGUGUAACAGUCAUACAUAAAUAGGGUGCUGCUGUGAGCUGACAAAUUUUGUUAAUUUUUUAAAAACACCUAAUCUAGGCAAAAAAUAAUGGGGGUUUAGUUACAUUAUAUGAUCAUACAUUGCAUGAGCCUUCCACACCGUCAAUGUACCCCAUAUCUGGCAGGUCUUAUCCUAGCAGCCUAAUGUCUGCUAAAUGAGCUACUCACUUGGGGAAAUCCUUCCAUCUCGAGGUCUCUGCAGUACAAUGCUUAAAUAGGGUCCUGAGAUGAGGCACCUGUGACAGGGAGGGGUGCAAAACCCAUGGAGCUGGCUAGACUCCUAAAUAUAUACAUAUAUGGAAAGGCUGAGCCUGUGGGUGGAGCCUGUAGUUGUAGGAGGAGUUACCCAGUCUAUAAAUACACAAGUCGCCCCUCCCUCUGGGUUGAGACUGUCUGGGUCAGUACAGAACCAUCUACUUCCGGUACAAAGGUCAUCAACACAAACUGCCUCCAGACAAGCUGGUCUUGGCUUUGUCCGGUCCAGACAAGUAUUCAUUUUAUCUCACUAGUAAACAGCCUCCUCCCCCAUGGGGCACCGCCGUGUCCGGCCCAGGCAAGUAUUCAUUUUACCUCACUAGUAAACAGCCUCCUCCCCCAUGGGGCACCGCCGUGUCCGGCCCAGGCAAGUAUUCAUUUUACCUCACUAGUCAACAGCCUCCUCCCUCAUGGGGCACCGCCGUGUCUGGCCCAGGCAAGUAUUCAUUUUACCUCACUAGUAAACAGCCUCCUCCCCCAUGGGGCACCGCCGUGUCCGGCCCAGGCAAGUAUUCAUUUUACCUCACUAGUCAACAGCCUCCUCCCUCAUGGGGCACCGCCGUGUCCGGCCCAGGCAAGUAUUCAUUUUACCUCACUAGUAAACAGCCUCCUCCCUCAUGGGGCACCGCCGUGUGCGGCCCAGGCAAGUAUUCAUUUUACCUCACUAGUAAACAGCCUCCUCCCCCAUGGGGCACCGCCGUGUCCGGCCCAGGCAAGUAUUCAUUUUACCUCACUAGUAAACAGCCUCCCCCCUUAUGGGGCACCGCCGUGUCCGGCCCAGGCAAGUAUUCAUUUUACCUCACUAGUAAACAGCCUCCUCCCUUAUGGGGCACCGCCGUGUCCGGCCCAGGCAAGUAUUCAUUUUAAAAACCAAAGAAAAGAAAAAGUUACCUGCUCUCUCCUUAAUCCCUAUGUAUAUUUAGACAAAUGGAGGUCAUUUAGUUGCUCCAAUGGCCAUUGGAGGGAAUGCCCGCCUGCCAACGUCAAGGCAGACCCCCCUAGACGGGUCCUACACUAACCCUUCAGCCUGCUUCAUUGAGCUUCUGGCAAAGAUAUCUCUAAUUAGACAGAGAGGGGUAUUUUUUAUAUACACCCCUAUAUACUUAUUAACCCUUAAUAGGGAACACAUGGGAUGGGCGGCAGCAUUGUAACAAGGCUGUGUGAUACAAAGUAAAUACAAAUACAAAAAUAUAAGUCCUGCGCUCAUUCCCAUCACUACUGGGCCGGCAGCUAUUACUACAGUACACAUCAGCCCCAAUAUAUAGUAAAAACCAAAGAAAAGAAAGUUACCUGCGCUCUCUCCUUAAUCCCUAUGUAUAUUUAAACAAAUGGAGGUCAUUUAGUUGCUCCAAUGGCCAUUGGAAGGAAUGUCUGCCUUCCAACGUCAAGGCAGACCCCCCAAAGCGGGUCCUAACACUGACCCUUCAGCCUGCUUCCUUGAGCUUCUGGCAAAGAUAUCUCUAAUGAGACAGAGGGGUACAUUUUACCUCAUGUAAGUUAACCUAGUAUAUCCAAUCCUCAUUUGGUAGUUUCCCCCUGAACCGUCAGAGCAUCAGUGAGUAUAGCUCUCCGUUCGGUAGAUGGAAUAAAUGAAAUCCAUAUUUCACAUAUUACACAUAUUUUGGUUAAUCCAGCCUCUAGUGGCUGUCUUCCGGACAGCCACUAGAGGCGCAUCUGCAACGCUGGAUGUGAAUUUCGCCUCCAUCGCGCUGAGCGUCCAUAGGAAAGGAUUGAGAAAUUCUUUCCUAUGGACACUUUGAAUGUGCAUUCGGCUCCAGUGACGUCGGACGGGGAGGCGAGGUCACCAGUACUGAGGGAGCCCUGCGCUGGUUAACCCCUUCAGCGCCAUGGGAGGGGGACCCUGAGGGUGUGGGCACCCUCAGGGCACUAUAGUGUCAAGAAAACCACUUUGUUUUCCUGACACUAUAGUGAUCCUUUUAAGCCCUACUUUACGAGUAUUUUAAUGUGCCCUAUAGUUAAGCCCUACUCUACCUAGUAGGGGCUUUCAGUUCGAUCACAGCAUUUUAUGAUUUAUUGUCUGCUAUGGCCUCAUUCUACCACUCAAGCACAUCAAUUUUCCACCUUAUACAGUAGAACCUCAUCCACUUUUUAGACACUGUUAACAUUUCAGCCCACUUAGGUCGCUCGUUUAUCGGUUGUACUAACACAUGUCAAUCAUAUUUGGCCAUAAUAGGCUGGCUUAGGUAUUGUGAUUACUUUUACUGUCUUAUUUGUAGGGUCUACACGCAUUAUGUAAACCUCAUUCAGUUAUGUUCGGUUUAAGCAAAUUUUAGCUGAUGUUAAUAUUACUGAGAUAUUCUACCAUUGUUCAAGCAUUUGCUGUUGCUUUCAACCCUAAUCUUACAUGCAUAAGUAUUUUUCAUCUUCCUAGGGACCUAGGCAUUCCACAUGUAGGUUUUUUUUUUUUUUUUUACGUAUAUCUUAUAUCUCCUGUCUCUUCCUAUCGAUUAUAUAUGGCUGUCACGGCCUCUAACCUGUUCAGCCACUGUGGCAUUUUAGAGGCCUCUGUUCCUGUUUAAUUCUGUCUGACAACACCGUUUUAUUUGGCUCCGUGGGUAUGUGUUAUAUGAUGCUUUAUAAGUGUUUACAUACAAGUUCUAUUCUGUUUCACCAUUUCAUAAACUAGAUGAUUAUUAGUAACUCUAUCAUGUUCUCUACCAUCUCCUCACCAACAUGUCUUGGCUACAUACAACUUCUCCACAACCAUUCUCUGAUUCACAUCCUACCUUCACCCGCACUAAUCCCAACACAGCGGCACAACCAUCCUGUAACUCAGGACACAAAUUGGGACACUUUCUGGUAUUAUACGCGAUUUCCUACUCAUGGCCUUCACUAGGCCUUUGCAAUGUGCGGUUAUAUGCCCCACAGUGGGCUGCAUGCCAUGUCCUAAUUCAAAACCUCAUUUGGACACUUCAUUUGCAUUACAGCGGUCUUACAGGGGUUGCAUACUACCCCAUUAUACUACAUGUAAUCGGCAACAUAUCUUUUCUUAAGACCCUCAUUUGGCCAAUUUCAUGGGGUAGUUGUAAUCCCUCCAUUAUGUACACUAUCUUUACCUCACAUUAAGCACUUCAGUUCACAUAUAUCUAUUUAGACGAGUUUAUUAAAUCAGUCAUAGAUCUCAUAUUGAAACUGCUCACAUAUAGCAAGGUUGUGAGUAAAUGCUAUUUUGGUCUUGUUUCAGGUCCAAUGCAUUCACACACUGCUGUACUGGGCCUUCAUUUCAUUCCCAUCAUAUGACUGAUAUGCAUAAGUACCUUUCGCAGCAUGGGGGUUAUAUGUAUACACCACUCUUUCUUACAUUUCAUUCAUCACUUAUACUCGCUAGACCUAUACAGCCCUAAAUCUGCAAAACUCCCUGGGAUGUUAAUCCCUUAUUCUACACAUUGUAUCCUUACUUCACAUACUGUCACUUUGCACAGUAUUAGCAAUGUUCUGUCUCAAGUCAACUACAUUGAGACACCAUAUAAUCUAUUGUGUUGGUUGUAUACUUGUCAUCCUUUUAGUCGGCCUCCACUGCAUGCCAUUUUACCAUCCUUCUAGCCUAACUAAUAAUUCUACCUGUAAUGGACCGUUUUGCACAAAAGGGGUAAAAAACGUUUAGGCGAUCGGCCCCCUUUCCAGAGAUGCAGGCACAGCUACUGUAGAACACCAAACACACGAACCACCAAUAAGUGAAUGCUCCAAACUCACGAACGGCAUCCAAUAUAGCACUCCAAACAGACGAACAGGAACCAUACGAAUUGCUGCUAGUAGACGAAUAGGAAAAGCAUCCAAGCGGCUUACACUCCUAGCAAUCAGUCUCUAUCAGCAUUCAGUAAAUCCCCCCCAAAGACGAGACAAGGCUCCGUGUUGAGGGUCAAGCAGUGGUCUGUUUAAUGAGGGCUACCUGCCCAGUAUUUAUGCAGGUCUCCCACCUGGUGGACACUCCCCUAGGGGACCAAAUGGGAGACUGUGACAAGGGACAGACAAGCAGACAAAUAGGACACACAGUCACAGUAUAUUCCCACAAUGCAUCCUGGCUUCCUCCCCUCUGCCCUGGGAGAUAAUUGAGAAGUAAUUCAAUUAUCUCCCAAGACAAAGGCAAAUCUCCAUUAUGCACAUGGGGAUACUAAAACAAGCAUUACUGUUAAAAUACACCAGGUAAGACACAUUACAUUAAAACUAUACAUUUAACAUAUCCCCAGAUAGCUCAGGUCUGAGCGCACAUUAUUAAGCGAAUGGCGCUCAGACCACACGAAUACAGUUUAAUCGCCAUGGAGCCAAAGUCUUUAAUUCCACGAACAGGCUCCAUGGCAGGCUAUCUGGGUACUUGCACACCGAAUACAAUUGCAGCACUAAAAGUCCCGGAUGCUCCGUUGUUCGGUUCCCGAACGGGUUUGCAGACUUCCAGCCUCAGCGGGGCUUGUAAGACAAAAGUGUCCGCUUUUGGUGUCCUGCCGCUGGGUAGAACAAGCGCUGGCUACCCGGGGAGCUUCCAUAACACCGCCAUCGUGUGGCGGCUAGGUGUAACCGCGACCACCCAGUAAUUGUCAAUUAAGCUGCGGUUAACCGCAGCUUCAGGGAGGUUAAUUGCCGGCACACUCCAGCUCCCAGGUGGUCUAUUCAUUUGUGCGGUUGUUCGGUAGAUUGAAUCUACCGAACAACCGGCAGAAAAGCACGAAUACAGCUUUUCUGCAGGCGAAACAAAGUCUUUUAACAUGGGGGCCAUAGUCCAAAGGCAGCAGGCGAGCAACCAGGCUUCUCCAAUGCAAUGUGGCGAGAUUGGUCUCGUCACACUACCUUUACAAAUGGACUGGACCAAAAAAACUAGGUAUUCACUAUUGGCCAUUUCACAACACCUGCACCUCGGUAUGCUUAUCCUUCUUUUGUUUGUUCCAUACAUCCGUACCCCUCAUACAGCCCUAUUUCUCCAUCCAGCAGCUCAGGACUAACAGUGAGCACUCUGCCUUCCACUACAAUACCUCUACAUAUGGCCCUCCCAAAGCCUUCACUCAAUACAUUUACACAUGGCCCUCUACUGGCACUAUGGCGAUUUCUGCCCCUCAUUUGGGCAAUUACAUACGUCAAUUUUCUAAUAUACGAGGGUCAAAGAAAUACAACCUUUCAUACUACAUUCCAAUAUUACACAUGGCCUCGUUAGGCCCACGCAAUUCUUUUCCCUCUCUCGGCACUAUCCCGAGAACCUGGUACCUAUUACUAUUCAUUUAACAUAUCCAGGCUUCUUCGGUCUGUCACUAUUUUAACUGUUUAGUACCUCCACCUUAAGGCACUUGCUAGUUCUGGUAUUUCCCUUCCUGCAGUACGCUAUUGGAUUUGAUUAAUGUGAUGGUUGGGGUUUUCAGGGUGUUCUUUCUCAUACACACUUUCGGUCCUUCUAGUGGAAGGAUGUGCAGAGGGAACUCAUGCCUAAAUUCUGUACAAUCAGGUAUCCGGUACCAGCUUUUGAUGAAAACUGUUAAUUUUCAGUUACUCCAUGUCUGCACUGUUAUGUUUUAUAUUAUGCCUUUCUGUCACUAUGCCACUUGCGGCUUGUUAUCCCGAACUUGAUAAUUUGGGAACCGUACCCUCACCUCCUGACAUAUACUUCACAGGGGUCUUGCUGUUCAAUUAUUCUGGCCAACUCCUUAAAGCCCUAUAUCAUUAUGUAAAGUCUCACCAGGUAUACUUUAUGCCGACCAUUGCAUAUCUGGUUGCAUGCAUGGUCAACUGAGUCAUUUAUAACACUAUUCAGUUUCCUUCGGUUAGUUUGGUAACAGAUAUUAAUAGAGUAUUUUGUGUCCUGGGCUUCUUGCACUUACUUUACCUACCUUACCGGCAAUCUCUGUUGCAUUUUCGUUGGUGUCGUAGAUCUGAAUUAUGAACACUAAGUUCUUGGGUCUCUCUCUCUGGCUGGAUUUUGGUUUUGGAUCUCUGUAAACAUUUUAUUUUGCCCUCCACUUUCUAUUCACCUAUUCUUACCAUCAACUUCUAGCAUAGCUUUUGUGAUGGAGUGCCCUUCGCCACUUGUGCCUGAAGGGGACUACUGGCUAGCCUCCUGCCUUCCGACUAUGGCCCCUGUGCUGAUAGCUGUAUUUUACCCUGCAGAAAGAUUUAUUUGUGUAUUUCUCCUGGGGCAUUCGGGACCUUCAGUAUGUGAGUAGUGCUAGCCCAGAUAGCUAUGCCAUGGAGUCUAUUCGUGUAAUGAAAGACUAUGGAAAAGACUUUGGCUCCAUGGCGAUUGAACUCUAUGCAUGUGAUCUGAGCGCCAUUCGGUAAUAAUGUGCGCUCAGAUAAUGUGCGCUAUCUGGGGAUAUGUUGUAUGUAUAUGUUUUAUGUAGUAAUUGUAACAUUGUGUAAUUUUAUGUCUUUUUGUAACCAUGUGGUUAAUGGAGUCUUGCCUCUGUCCUGGGAGAUAAUUUGAUUACUUCCCAAUUAUCUCCAGGAUAGAGAGGAGGGAUUGUGAUGUCACUGUGGGAGUGUUUUGUUUGUAUUGUCUGUGAUUGGCUAAUAUCCAAUAUGUGUCCCAUUGUUCCAUCAGGUCCCCUAGGGGAGUGUCCACCUGGUGGACACUUGCAUAAAUACCAGGCAGGUAGCCCUCAAUAAAGCAGACCUACUUGCACCUUUCUUGAAGCCUUGGCUCAUGCUUGGGGGAAGGGAUACCUACACUCUGGGGAUUGCUAUAAUCACUUACUCCCCAGAGUAAGCUCUUGUAAGAGCUUGAUUUGUUCCUGCUACGCUCUCUGGAUUUAAGAGAGGUUCACCCACUGGGAGCUGGAUCCUGGUCGUGGAUCCAGGGUGGGUAAGAGACGGCGAGACCGCGUCGCAGCUGCAUCGCUGGAAGUGAGGUCCGCAGUGCUGAUGGUGUCGGUUGGAGUUCUCGGAGUCCUCGGCAGGCGCUAGGAGCAUCGAUUGGCGGAGGUACUCAGUCGGAGUGCCAGCGUUCCGUCACAGCUUUUAUUUAUCUGCCAGGUGUAUGUCUUAUCAUUUAUUCUUUUGCAUUUACGUUUUUCAAGUUACCACGUAAGUGCCUGGAUUAAGAUACUACCUCCCUUCUUACAACCACCACUCGCUCUACAGAACUUAUCUUUAGCUUUGGUCUGGCUCUUAGGGUACCUUAAUGGCCAUAAGUAGUUUUCGGCUUCUUGUGCCAUUAUUUAGCUGUCUCACGAGGCCAACUCCAAUUUUCCAGUACGGAGGUGUUCGCCCCUAGGGCCAAAUCAUAGUUACUGCCUCACAUCUCCGCCCUCUUGGCAAAAACAGUUAGGGCCUCAUCUGUCACUGCCAACUUAUUUUAAAUAUCUUUAAUCCUCACUGAGGACGGGUCAAAUCAUAGGUAGAGCCUCUCAUCGCCACUUGGCAACUAGUUAGGUUCCCAAGUCACCAAUGUAGCUUAAUUGUUUCACCACUUGGCAUAACAUAGGUCAACCAAUAUCUUGGUGUUACGCAGCAUCUCCCACUAAUGAAUUUUCUCUUUCAGGUAUGGUUUUAAAUGCUGAUAAAAUGUAAAGUAUUGAUGGCGUAAUGUAGACACGUGUUAAACUAUUAACUUUUUGCCCUCUUUUACAGGCCUAGCCGAAUGUCGGUUUCAGUCACCACAACUGACAUAACUUGGCUUAUUGUCCCUGACCACAAAUUGAAAGGCUGAGCCUGUGGGCAGAUCCUGUAGUUGUGGCAGGGGAUAUUGCUAUAAAUGCACAGGUCACCACUCCCUCUUUGCUGAGACUGUCUGGUUCACCUCACCCACCACUCCCUUUAGCAAGCCAUUUAAAUUGGUGGGCCGGUUCCUCUUUUUACAGGCCGAGCCGAAUGUCGGUUUCGGCACACCACAACCGACUUGUGCACCAUUAACAUAACUCGGCUUAUUGUCCCUGAAGAACAAGCUCCAGUAAUGCAGAUAUUCUGUCUGUUUUGCAGAUUAGUUUGGGAACCACUGAUAUUGGGGCAUGCUGAUGAAGGGUUAGACAUCACACAGCAUGGCCUUAUGGGCUGA